GUUUUCUCGCCUGCGGCUCAAGUUUUGGACGGCGAGCCGCUGCCGUAGGCAACGUGGAUAUGGUGUUCAGGUUAUCAUUGAGAGGAGAAAGGCUGUGAAUAGUUUAUCGUUCAGGCGGGAAACGUAGAGAAAGUUUCUUUUCGUCUUUCAUUCUGUCUCCGGUGCUGACUGGCUGUGGUCUCCCUCGAGCGUUUUACAUGCGGACUGUCAUUCAGAAAUACUACAGCCUCACGUGUUUGACCUUACCGUGUGUAUUUCUGAUACUCCUCGCUGUUUUAUGACAUUUUUCGUCGCUGGUUUGUUCAUAACCUGCUCUGUACAUUUUGUUUCAAUCGGUUCAAUUCUCAGCAAGUGGUCGUCUUGGUGACAGAGGAGUCAGUUUGCGUUUAAAAACCGCUUUUGGAUUGAAGCACGGAUUAAGUUUUCCUACUAGUAAGAGCAGUGGACAGAAGCUGAGGGACUUUGUCAUUAUUUUGGGGGAUAAAGGCAUGUGAGGAGGCUGCUGGCAGUGAGUACCACUUUAUUAAUAAGUAACUGUUAUAUUUAUACAACAGUCACUUUUUGGUCAUGAUGCUUGUCUGUUAAAAGAGUCUUGUCAUCUCUUCCAAACUGUUUUUUUAAAUUGUAUUUCUCUUAUUCCUUAUAAGCUCUGAUAGUAUUUCCAUUCAGUCAAAACUCCUCUAAAAUCUCAAACAGCCUUAUGUCAGUGGUUCUCAACUGGUCUCACUCUGGGACCCACAUUUUCCCAUGGUCCCUAAGUCUCAACCCAGCAAAUUAGUUGAAAAAAAAAAAUAAUAAAACUUUAAAGACUCAAAUCUUUAACAUUAAUACACCCACUUUAUUGAGUAAAGUGUGUUUCAGAGCACAUGAACGGAGGAUGGAUUGACUUUAAUGCAUCUCUGCAUUCAGAGCAUAUUCAGAAGAACCAGAGGAGGACCGUGCAACAACAUGGACAAAAGUGAAUAAACAUCAAAUUGCACAUAAUAAAGACUCCAAAAGAACCGCAAUCAGGCCACAUUAAUAAGAUAACAUAUGCCUUUCAAAAUAAGCUUUUUUUCAAAAUAAAAAAACAUGUCAAACGUGCAUUAAAUAUUCACUUUUUUGACCAGUUGUUUGCGACCCAUCAGUAACAUGUCAGCGACCCACUUUGGGGUCGGGACCCAUCAGUUGGGAACCACUGCUCUAAGUGCACUUUUUAAUUUAGAUAGAGUCUUUAAAUCAAAGACAGCACAUUUAAACAGUGCAUAUUGUUAAAGCUAAGCUGUUUGAAUGCAAAAGAGGAUAAAAGUGUUUAAGUACUGCAUAAAUGUUUGAAGAAGUGGUCUCAGAGUGCAACAUUAAAUUGAUUUAGACCCUCAAAUCUGGCAUCCUCAUGUUGCAAUAACUCACAGAUGACUGUUUUUCUCUGUAAACUGUUCAAUGUGAUGUCAAAUGUGUUUUAAAAUGUACACAGAUAUGACACAGGCUGAUUUGACAGGUUUAAAAUCUGCACGCGUGAUCGCCACAAAUCAAUUAUUCCGCCUUUCAAGUGUUAACUGAGCCGCUGAGGUUGACAGAUGCUGAUCAAAGAUGCAGCAAUGUGAAGUCCUGAAAUAAGACCUCAUACAGUUGAGGAAAGAAUUCAUGUGUCGGAAAGAUUAAAACCACUGUAAGGAGAGACAUGUGGACAGGUGGACGUGCAUAAAUCAGUACAGAAAACAGCAUGGGAAUCUCUGCUCCAUAACAACAAACACUGAACUUAAAUCUGACUGGAAAUGACAUUUAAAGUUCUGGGUAUUGCCACAGACCAGUCGUAAAACAUUGCAUUAUAAAGUAUGGUUUUUUUUUAAUUGAGUUUUUAAAGUUUUGUGUCAACUCAGAUUUGAGCAGGAUGUAAAAUCGAUGCUCACCAGCUGUCAGCCAGCUGUAAAUGAAAAUGAUCUUUUAAUUUCAAUGCGCCAGCAGCAAUUUGGCGGCACUUAAUCAAAGAAACUCAUCAGAUGGUGAAAUAAUGAGUGUGGCGGGUGGAUUUGGAGUGAGUUAUAUAUAUUGUAAUCCAUGCAGAUAUUAACAGCUGUGUGUGUAGUCAUAAAAGUUAGAUAGUAAGGAAAACCCUAAACCUCUUUUCUCUCGUUUUUGUUUUCUUUCAGAUCAGAGAGGUUUUGUUUUUCUUCCACCUGAGAAUCAAACUGAAAUGGAGCUUCACUGGGUCUUCCUGCUGCUGGAGAUGGUGCUGGUGUCCACUGCUGCUAGAGGUGAGUAACAGAGGUGCUGAUUUCUAAAGAGACUUCGAGCAGUCACCAGUAGAAAGAUAUUUUCCAGUAAGAAAAACCACUGCAGCUGGUUUUAUCAGUGAGCAGUGAACUUUUAAAGUAAGGUUUCAAAAUGUGUACUGGUCACUCAGUAGCGUCACUGUGGGGAGGUUUCCUUUUAUGUGUUUGCAUUUUUGUUAGAGGAUGUUUGAAACAUUGUGUGAUUACGUUGACUGCUCUGCAGACACAACAGUGUUGCUAAUGCAGAAAGCAUGAUGGGAGGAGGGUUUGUCUCUGAGAAAAUUGUCUCUUUUUAAUCUUUGUGCUCGUAAACAUUUGAUUUCCUUCACUGACUUAUUCUGAAUCGAUGCAUUUGCUCGGAUUGUGGAAUACCUGCUGCAGACACCUGUCCUGAGGUGAACUUUACAAAAGCUUUUGCUCUUGAAACUGUCUCUGAACCUCUUGCUGAAACUGGUUAUUUAGUUACUUUUAGAUAAUCUUCCACUAGCUUGGCAGUAGUUUGGUUUUCCUCCUCCUGAUAACUUUUUAAGGGGUUUAAACUUUUGAAAUGCUAACAAAAACUGGGUCAGAUACAGAGCGCUUCCUAGAACUCUGCGCCCUACCUUAAUUUUUUCCAGUGAAUCCUAUCAGGAUUAAAAAAAAAAACAAGAACAGUAGCUCUAGCCAUCCUCAAGCUGCAGGCAUUACAGGCAGACGCUCAUAGAGUUGGCGCCCGUUCCCAAGAUCACACCGAUGAUGAGUUUUCAUGGGGAACAAAGCUGCAUUCAGUGAGGCGAGGCCGGGCCAGCAUGCAGACACGGGGCCGAAAGUAAACACAGGGCCGUAGACCGCAAAGAGAUGAGAUUAGAUUAGCCUAUUAGGGAUGUUUGCUGUGCAACGCCACAGCGUUUCCUCCCCCUCACCGCCGGCAGUCUGUCAAUGAAACCAAGGCAGGCGGCACAGAGGAGAGGAGAGGAAAGGAGAGAGAGGGUGAAGUAGAGGGCAAAAUUAAGACUAGAAUUGUUUUAAAUGACCGAGGAGAAGGAGAGGAAGAAGGUAAGGAAGAAGGAAGAGUGGGGGGAAAAUAGAGAAGAAGAGGACACAGAUUACAGGAGAGGGUGUUAGGGAGAGGGCAGGAGAGCAUGAAGAGGACAGAAGGAACAAAAUGACAUAAUGAAGCUCUUAAAAACUCAAGUCAGCCCUUAACUUGUGAUGGCCUGUACUUGAAUGAGCGGACAGAAACUUUCUCUUAUUGUAAGUGCAGAAUGAGAACUGGAGACACUGGAGACACCAGACUGGAGCAGCUGGGGAACGAGGCUGUAGACGUAGAUUUUUAAGAAAGCUUUUGCUUGAUUUGGAUUGGCCUCGGGCUGGUCAUGCAGAGCAGAAAGUUUCAGAUACAGAGUUUGUUUGUAUGCAGCUCAUUUAAAGGAAGCAUAGUUGUUAUUUUUAGUUAUUGCAUGUGAGACAGAGCAUUGAGUCUAAAAUGUGUUGGCUGUUGACAUUGUGAACCUUAUUAUUGCGACAAGUAUGUAAACAGAGGAGAUAUCUGAAGAUGAACAAGAACAGUGAAAACAUAGAGAGUGGAGGUCACACCAUUAUGUUGUUUUUGUCAUUUUUUUUCCACUAUAGUUGUUCAAAAAUAUGUAAACAGUUUCCAAGCACAAAGUAAACUUGUAUUGGCCAUUAAGCUGCUUUUCUGCAAAGAUACAAGCUUUGCGGAGGAACAAAUAACAACACUCAAACUAUUAGGUCAACAUUUCUCAUCGCCAACAAAGUCAAGUCAAUAAAAGGUCUAUAACUAUAGCUGCCUUGGGUUCUCAGCAGAGCUUAGGCCAGAUCGAAAAAGAGCCACCUGAGCUGCUCAAAUCAGUCAAUAGAGAUAAUCUUUCACUUAAACCCGAACAAAACCCCAGUUCAUCCACUAACUGGACCAAUCACAGCCACUGUCUUUGACUAUUUGCUGAAAUGCCGUCGAACAAACCUUUCAUUGAGAGCGGGUUUGGUUCAUGGUAAGUUACACAAACUCACAGUUACAAUUUCCAGACCCAGGGCACCAAAUUAAGUUAAAGUCAAGAACAAAUUAAAGAGAAAACCGGUGCGCCCUGGUUGUUUUCCCCCACUGCGCUGAAAUGAUACAGAGGCUCAUUUUAAUUAGUGACGUGAAGACCACUGAGAUGUUCCACAGAAAUAUGCACACCAGAUAGGGGUCACUCAGGGCAACAGAAGUGGUAUGUAACAAAAAAAGGGAGCUGGUGUUAAAGGACACAUUAUGACAUCCAAAACUGAAAACAUGGGCUGUUUUGUUUCUCCAUUUUUUGGGAAUUUCCCAUCAUUUUUGGAAAAUGUAAGGCGGUUUUGUCAAACAACACAUUAAUAUCUGCACUUGAGUCACUGAAGAUUUUACUAAAACUGUGUUAAAUAUUACAAGGAAGAAGUAGUUGAAGGAGAAAUGGCUCUGCAAGGACAUGAAAACUUUCCAGAGAGGUCAAAUAGUUUGAAUCAUCGCACUGCUAGUUGCUUUAUCUUAACUCCCUUUGGACAUUUAAAGACUGAAACAGAGAGGGUAAAAGAGAAAUUUUAGGAAUGGAGGCAAGGAGUUGAAGAAAAUGAGAUAAGAAAACACUGAUAAAAAAGGAGGAAAGAAAAGCAAGAAAGGAAGAAGAUAAAUCCAGAGAGUGGAACAUAGAGAUAAAGAAGUAACACUAAUGUCCUUACUUUGGCUCAUUUAGACUCGCAUAGACUGCACGCCAGAGGCUUACACAACCGCGCUGUUUCAACCAGCGUCUGAACCUCUGAGUGUGUGUAUGAGCGUGUUUGUGUGUGUGCAGUUGAGCAUGAGACUGAGCAGCUGAGAGAUUAGCAUUCUCCCCCGUUAGCCGAACAACACUGAGCUUGAUUACAGGGGCCAGAGAGUAGCUGUAGGUCAGUGCAUUCUUGGCUGUGGUCAGCUCCAGACAAAGUUAGGAUCAAGUGUUUAUACCUUUCAUACUGUCAAACGACUCACUUUACAUCGUAGGAAAAAGUGGGUUUGCCUUUUUUAAGAACAUUGCGAUAUUUAUUCAGAGUAAAACAAUCAAAUAUGGAGUCCUGGUGGAGGUACAGUCAGUUAUACUUUUCCAAGCAACUUCUUAGAGUCCAGUUUUCUAUGAACCUUGGCUAUUGGCCAUAUAACUAGAAAGUACAACAUUUCAUGCUAACGAUUUGAAGUUUCAUCACAUUUUAGAUCACAUUUUACAGAAUAGAUCUAAGAGCUUUACAGUUGCAUGUAAACUGCAUGUUGUUUAUUUUGAUGAACGCUACAGAAGUCAUCAUCAUGUUCAAACAUCUUUUUUUCCUUUGGGGACAAACCCCAUCCAAACAGACCAAGUCUUGUACACUAGUGUGACUAACAUUGCUCAUUUCAUGGUGAAUUAGCAUCAAAUUAUUUCUCUAAUAGCUGCAGACGUUCAAUAUUUGAGUCUAUUUUGAGCAUUUUUUCCAUAUUUCCCAAGUUCAGAUAAGUUCAUUGUACCCUCAAAUCUUAGUUUGAGCCACAAGUGUUUGUUUGUUUGUUUGUUUGGAUCUCCAUUGGCUUAAGCAUCAGUUGUUAGGGUAUAACAGCUUUCCUCUAUGUCGCUCGGCUCUUGCAUUCAAACAUCUUACCUAAUAGAAGUUGAAUUCUAAGAAAAUCAGUAUCUUUCAGGGAUUUUGAUGUAGGAGAUUGGACAGUCGUGAUGAAGCGUUUGUCUCAUGGUUGCUCAUGCAUGUCUGCGGAUACCUCCGCACACGCACACAUACGUUAAUCGUGCGUGUGAUGUGCGCUGCCACGUGCAUGUCAGAUGGUUAUCAGCAUGCCUGGUGGUGUUUAUGUGAGCCAGCUGUGAGACACUAUAAUGGUCAAUCAGCUCGAGCUGGACAGAGAGGGUAGAAGGUAAAAAGGAUGGAUUUUAAUUUCCGCUUGUUUGUUGAAAGUAAAUACAGCUUGCAUCAUCACAUCAAAUUCUGCUGACCCCCGUCUUUGAAGCAUGGAAAAUUAAUUGUAAGAACUGUGAUGAUGAUGGUGGACAUUGUUUCCUGAUGCGCAGACUGUCCAAACAGUUAAAUAUUUCUCAGAUGAUUGUACCGAAUCGACCACCCGUUUUCCAGAGGGGAGACCGUAAAAAGGAGACAGAAACGAGGGGGUUCGUUUGUUGUGUAAAGAGCCGCAAACACAUUUAAAAGUGCGUCUUUAUUGUACUAAAGCUGCCAAAAUAGAGACAAACAUUUAACAAAAGACGAAGAAGAGAGAGCGUCUUCACCGCAGACAAAGCCAGGCACACAAAGCUGAGAGUAAACAAUGUUAUACACAGAUGCUCCAGAGGUAUACAAUGAGAGGAUGCAGCCUAUAAAUAUGACUGAACACGUGUCAGCACACAAGCUUAACCCACAAUCACUUUACUGCCUCCUGUCCCAAACACUCAUUACAGAGGAAUGUAAUUAGCACACUAACACUAACAGCGAUGGGUAGGGGAGAAUUGUGGUUAGCUUAAAAAGGCCGGAGGAGGAGGCACACAGCCACAAGAGAGAUGAGCAAUGGGUAAUUAGUAGAGCUUUUAAAGUUCUGUUGAAAACUUCAGACAGAAAUAUCAGUCUAAAAAAGGCCUUGAAAUCACAUAAAAACAUGCUGGAAAAAUAGAUUUUAAAGCCCCAAGUCAAAAUGUUUGUUCUGCAUGGUCCAUUUUCAAGACCAAAAUACUGCACAUGAAGAGGUGCUAUCUGUCAUUUGUUGAGUAUAAUAACACAAUGCUAGAACUACAGUGCAGCGGGUGGCUGUGCUAGCUGAGGUACAAGAUAUGACUGACAUUUUAGGGUAACAAUGUGAAGAUAAUUAAUCAAUUCUUUAACAUACUAGUUAUUUUUUCACUAGCUGGUGUCUAUGACGAUGUUUAAUUUUAAAUAUCUCCUAUUAUGGCAUUUUUCAUCAAGUUUAAAUCCAUCCCAGAGGUCCCACAGUAGUAAAUUUAAAGUUUGUUGUCUAGAGCACCAGUUUAUUUGUGGAUAUCAGCUAGCCUGUAUCCCCCUCUUUUUGAGCUCAGAUGAGAAUGGGCUGAUUCUGCGCCUGAACCUUUAUAUGAUAAUGAGCUGUGUGUGACUACGCUCUCCCUCCCCAAGGCUACACUGCUGUUGAAAGUACAUAACAAGGCGAGAUAAUCUAAGUUUUCCUUACCAUUGGAUGGAUUCAAAAGCGUGUGCCUUUUAAUUUCAUUCAGGCUGUUCAGCUAAAUCAAAAACAAUAGCCCUCUGAUUCAGAAUAUUUGCUGUCCUGAAAAUAUGACCUUCUCUACCUUGACAGUUUAUAUACCCAAAUAACCUCUAUAAGUCUAUUUUUCUGUUCAAUUCAGAGUCACCAAGUUAAUCUAGACAUGGUUAUAACCUGCUGGGUCGACUCAAACCCUGAAAGAAAAGCAGAAAAAGUUUGAUUAAACACUGAGUUUCAAAUGGAGCUGUAAGUUGUGGUUUAAUACUUUGACUAUCAAAGCUCCAAUCAAUGCUUAUUGAGAUUUGUGGCACAGUGAAACGCUCCUAUAACUUGUAUUGACUAUAAAGAGCACUGAUUAAAACAGACACGAACCAAUAAUGAACUAAAGAGAACAAGCAUUGUAAGAAGUUCGUCUUUAUUGCAUGGUGAUGGUUUGGUUUAUUGGUUGGUUUAGACUUCAUUCACUUUGUUGUGUUUUCCCCCCACAGUGCUCUGAAUGAACGCUGCCUAAAAUAAGCACCAUUUAGCCGCUGAAUUAGAACAUAUUGUGUCAGUUGUGGCGGGCUGGCUGUGCGACUGGGGGGAGGAGGAGGAGAAGCUGGAGUUGGAGGGGGGGAGAGCAUCUUGAUUCCUCAUUGAGUAAACAGCUGCAUACCAUAGGCAGAUGCUUCAAACGCACAGCUUCACCUCAUUGUAAACACACACUCUUAUAGUCUCACAUCAGUGAAUCCCCUCCGCCGCACUCCUGGUUUUUCCAGCAUUAAACGCGUCCUGAGUCACAGCUCGCCGUCGUAAAUACCAUUUGACGUGCUGAUAACCAUUAUAUGGCCUGAUGUUUGUGGAGGGCAUCUGCUAACCAUCCUCUGCGUUUGAAGGUAAAAGGAAAAGGUCCAGAUCCUUCCUCGUUCGUGGUGGUGUGUCAAGAAGAGGGCAGAUGACCGAAAAGUUGUGUUGAUGACCAUUUUAUUUUACUUUACAAUCCAAAAAUCAUUUCUGUCUGUCCCUGGAUUAGCAGACAGUUAAAGUGGAAAUCUAAUAAAGGCCAGAAACUCAUUUGAAUCUUGUAGAAAAUAAUCUUUAAAGUCCUUAAAGUCUAUCUUAAACUCCUCAUGGUGUAAAUUUGGACUUAAAAUGAGGUAAAGCAGAAGCAGUGAUUGCAUGUAUGUUGUUGAUUAUGUGGUGAUUAACAGAUAAAGGGCAUCUUCAAAGGCUUUAAAUGACUCCCUCAGUUCCUCUUGUAAAUCCUAAUGUCAGGGCCAAAUGUGGUCUGCUGCGGCUGUUUGGACAAGCAAAGCUGCUGCAAGACGAACAGUCCUAUUUGGAAGUUUGCCAUGAUGUUGUUCCUAUAAUGAAUUAUAUCCUUUUUUUGUUUUUCUUAUUUUGUGUUUUAAGUUUGAGUUCAUGCAUUUCAAUCACAAAUUUACAGACAUGCAAAGAAAUCUGCUUGACAGGGAGUGAGAUGUCUCUUAAGAGUUUCUUAGCCUCAAAAUAACAUCACACAUACUUGUCACUUUCUUUGUUUGGUGCUCUUAAAGACGGUAACACCACUAACAUUUGCAGAAAACAGAAUGGGGAUGUUAUCAGGCACCCUCUUCACCCCCACACUCCACUUUUACAACGAUCUCUGGUCCUCCUUCCUCCAGUUUUACAGGGCCUGUUAAUGUUAAAGGCUAUUAGCCCACAUUUAGAUAAAGUCAAUGUUUGCUUUGACUUUGCUAAUGGCGGGGUAUAAUGGGGCUGUCUGGACGUCGUCUGAGGGAGCUGAUGAUCUGUCGUAGUGAUGUGAAGAUGUGAUGUUUGUGGAGGGGGAGGGGGUGGAUAGAUAGGGGCAACAAUAGAAGAUAAGAUAACCAAUGCUGAGGAAUAAUGAGCCUUUAUUUGAUUGUUAAGACACAACUCAUGCAACAUAUUAUGAGUCUGUCAUGUGAUUUAUCUCAGUCUGUGAGCUGUGUGACGUCUACAGAUCGUCACAUAUUGGACCUUUAAAUUGGAUGCCUUGCGCUGGUCAGUGUUUACAUUUUUUUGCACAUUGUCCCAGGAUUCAGUCUGAUUUAUUUGCUGUUUAUUGAACAGGUUAGGACCUCUCAAUGAUUGGAAAGAUAGUUCUGACCAAUGCAAACCGAGUUGAGACUUAAGGAAAAGCACUUUAUUUAAACUCACUGUAUAUGCACACAGCAGGUAUGCAUAGACAUAAAGUUUAGUGUGUUGGCUCAUAGUUGCAGCAGGGGUGAGUGUGUCAGCAGGGGAGCACAUGAGAGUUUGCUCUUUCAAGGCAUGUGGAUAUUCCCAAUUCUUCCAUCUGUUGUUUCGGCAUUUGUCUGCAGUUGCUUUAUGAGUUCACAAACAACAUAUCCAUAUGUCGCGUCCCCUGUGAUUGUCUUGCAGCUCACUCGGUUUUGCUGAACGUCUAUUCUUGCGUUUAAAUUUGUAGGCAUCUGUUUUUUUUUUCCUCUUUGAAUACGAUCUCAUAUACAUUUCAAAGUUUCUCCCUCUCUCUCUUCUGUCUCUGUCUCUGUCUUCACGAGCUCCUCUGUCUCUCUGUCUGUCCUACACACUGCAGUAUUGUGUGGGCUGUGGCGCCACAGUGCUGUAUUGUGGUCUCAGUGGGGUUGGGGUAUGUUUGGUCAACGCUACAGCACUGCAGGUCGGAGGUCAGCUUGUAGAUCAGGGAGGGGUCAGAGAGAGAGUGUGUGCGUGGGGUUGGGUGUGUAUUUGUAUAUGCAUGUGUGUGUGCUUGUGUGUGUAGGGUCAAAGAAAGCACAUGCCUGCACCAGAGGAGACUGUAAUAACACACCAGGAUCCCCACAGGAAAACACACACGGCUUUCACUCCUUUAUCUCACUCAGACCCUCCCUCUGUCACAGCUGAAUAAUCUCAUUGACGUGAAUUUCACAGACAGUUUUACCAGAAUUUGUCUAAUCUAAUAAUCGUAUUAAUCCUGUGAAAAAUUCUCUCUUUUGAUCAUGUUUCCAUCAAAUGUCCCCCGAGUGGAAAAUCUUGAUUUUAUGGGUUAAUUGUGCAAUUUGUAACCCCAGUCAUGAGCUUAGUCAAGCUGUCAUGCACUUAUUUGAUUUUUAGUAAAGAUUUAUAACAGUCUGUUCAAAAUAUAUUACAAAUCAUGGAGGGACUAUUCACUGUGAGGUAAAAUUACUUCUUAUCUAAUCCACAAGCUCGUAAGUGUCAGCUUUGGAUUUAAUAGUUAACUCCCUCUGUUGGAAAAAUAAACAUUAUGUUAAUUAUAGUUUGUACUGUAUAAAUAUAAACAUUGUAGUUGACUGAACAAUUAAGUUUUAUUACCCUCGCUGGUCCGCACCAGAAUUACCAGUUAGCUAAUAGAGUUAUUGAUGUGUUUUUGUUGUAGGCCUUGUACACACGUAGCCGGGUAUUUUUAUAAACAAAUAUCCAACCCCCUCCGUUUAGAAUAAGGAGUCACGUACACACAUCGUCGUUUUCAGCAUGCCAGACCUGGAGUUGGUAGUAUUUGCCAAAACGUUAGACCCAUUCUGUCAAAUCAGAGCAAGCUUCCCUUUCUCGUCGUCACCUUUCCAAACAUGAAACAUAGCUUGUGUGGACCGACAAAGAGGUAGGAUUGCUUCUAAGCAUCGUUUUAGAGUAUAAAGUCAACAAGACACAAGAGAGGUGUAGGAAGGGUUAUUUGGUGUAGAAUAACCGACUGAAAAGCACUCCUUCUCCUUUGCUCCUCACAAAUAUAUUUCUGUAUCUGUGCCAUCCACUGCCUGACAUAAACAAGGGUGCAUAGUAUAUGACAUUUAUGGCUGUGCUUGCUGUACUUAUAUCUGCCACACUUGGCAUACCAAUUCGGUAUCAUGUGUUAUACCUUUUCAAAUAAUUUAUGCUCAAUUUUGACCAAAUUUCUCAGAGUUACCUAAUAUUAGACCAGAGAGCAGGGUUGGAUUUAUAAGUCAUCAAAAGAGGUGGUACAGGACAAAUUCAGCAAAGAGAUUAGAGGUACUACUUUGUCCGUGGGGGGUGUCAAAAUCAAACUGAAGAUUCCUUAUAGGAGCUUUAACGAAGCUUUAGUUACAGAUUGAUUAUUAACUACAGAAACCAGUAAACUUCUGAACCUGAAAACAGCCCAACUUCAGAGAGAGAAUAAAUAGUUUCAUCUAUGAUAUGUGUCAGGAUUUAUUUUCUAUCAAUAAAAGAACAAAAUGGUGACAACUGUUCACAUGUAGGUUCUGUCUGACUCACUCGUCUAACUGCCUGAACGUCAUCUCUCUCCGAUCUGUUUUCUGUCACUUUCUAUCUCUACUUCUCUGACAUUUUAAUUCCUCUGCCACUUUUUUUGUCUGAGCUGCUUUUACUCUCCCUGACUGCCUUUCAAUCAAACCUUUUCCAACCCCUUUAACCCCCCACCUACCACACACACACACACACACACACACACACACACACACACACACACAGAGCCUCCAGCUGUUAUUCCUGAUGGCGUUACAAAUGAGAUGCUGAAAGGUGACGGCUGGGACAGCAGACACAGACUCUUGUUUUCUUUCGGCUUGAAUCUGUCAGGUUGGGUUUGAUGGAGAACACUCACACACUCGGGGCAGCUGUGUGUGUGAGUGUGGUUAUGUGUGAGAGUGUAUAUUUGUGUGGUUGCGUUAUUAAUUCUGAUAGGCUUAACAACAAAGACACAAGACUACCCUACCUUUGUAUCAUUUUGUCAAAACAGCACCAUAAUUGCCUCAUUUAGAACAUGAUUGACACACUAUUGACAGUCCGCUGCCCUCUCUGUCCUUGGUUGUUUGUUAGCCAUACAGAUGACCUUUGACCUCAGGAAGCGGGGGCUGAUCAGGGGCAGGAUGCUAAGGCAGUGGGCUUUAGGAAAUACUUUUUGUAAGCUCUGAUGUGCUUGUUCUGCUGAGCUCUUAUUUAAAUAUGCCAAGUCUUUUUGAAGCAUUUAAACUUUUAUUAGCUAAGAUGUUGGUUUAACUCAUCUGAAAUGAUGAGAUUAAGGAUAUUUGAAGGUCAAUAACAUGUCUAUUUAUUUGUUUUUCACUGCUGUGAUCUUGAGACACAAAAGCAGUAAAUGCUCUGGUGCUCCUUCUUUAUUUCUAAGGAUCACAAAUGGCAGCAGAAACAGUUCCAGGCUGCUUUUCCUUGUUGUGGCGGGUGUUUUCCUAAAACUAAAACAUGGCACUAAGUUUAAAACCACAACAGACACGAGGGGACUCCAACACACUCGUCUUUUUACUCAGUGCCAGCUGUCAAUGUGGAAUCCAUACUGCAGGGGGAAUGUGAGAGGAGUGUGAGAGAAGUGGGGGUGGGCUCAGACAGUCAGGGACUCUGGAGGGGAAUAUAUACGAGUGAGUGAGGCUGUGUGGCCAAAAGAAAUACAUUCACAUCAUCUGUAGAUCUGUAUGGUACUGGAGAUUUUCAUUUUGACAUCAUUUAUCAUUUGAGUGCAAAGCAGCAUAUGUUUAGUGGGAACAAAAGCUUCUGACAUUUAGAUUUAUGGAGGACAAUGACAAACUUUAGUGGGGUUUGCGGUUCAACAUGCCCUCUCUGGACGUUUGAGUAAAAAUCCAGCCUUGGCAAAAGCUUUAGUCGCAAAUAUGAUCGUUUACAAAUGGGGAUACGCUACAUUCUCUGUAGGAGGCAUUCACACUAUUGGAGCUGUAUUUGCACAUUAAUGAGAAAGUGAAAAGGGAAACACAGAAUGAAAAGAGAUAAGUCAAAUUUUGAUUAAGAGGGCGCCCUAAAGUGAUUUUAAGGUGUGCUUGUGGUUUAUUAUAUGAAUGCAUGUGAAGAACAUUCUUGAUUGUGUUGUAGCAUUUAGAUGGUGCAGAAGGACAUCAGCUGAGUAACUUUUAAAGCAGAUGUAAAGCAGACUCAUAUUCAACAUGCACUGUCACACUUUCCACUUGAACUGGAGAGAUGACUGUUUCUCUCUGAUCAGCUGCAGGAAAAUGUAAAAAUGGGAGCUUGAUAUAUUUAGGCAGCCGAGAAUAUAUCUGGGUGACCCGCCAAGGUGUCGUUUACGGUAACACGGCUAACGUCUGUCUUAGUCAUAUGUUGAAUAAGCAGGUGAAUUUGGCUUGAGCUACUGCAAACUGGCUUUAAACAUGUGGUUUGGUCUUUUUCAGCUGUUUGAAUUUUGAGGUUGAAGUUUAUUGUUUGCAUUUAGACAUGCUUGUUUUAAUCUUUCCCUGUGUUUUUGUACGUUUUACCUCCAGGGCAUGAAUAUUUAAAAUACAUAGUUCCCGUCCGUCCUUUUCCUCAAAUUCCUAAUCUUUUAACCUUUUAAAAACAUACAUUUUUAAUUUGUUUACAAUGUCUGUUUAAAAGGGAUUCAAGAGAUUUAAGACCAGGAGGAGAAAGAUGUUGAAAUUUUACAAAAAAAGGUGAAAUUCCAACAAAAAAAUAGAUGUGUUAAAAAAGAAGUUAUAAGAAAAGGCUUUCUCGAAGUCCAUAAAACAAAAUCUUCGCUCUCAUUUUUUCCUCCUCCCUGCUCCUAAUACUCUUACAGUCUGGUGUUAUAUGAUGUAAAGAAUGUAAAGCCCUCAGUCACAAAUCAGAUUUGUGAGUUUUGGCUCCAAAAAGAGAAAAACUUCCCUCACUUGACCAUGAAAUUCACGCCACAAAGCGAACCGGACCUCCUGCUCGAGGACAAAUACCAAAAGUUCAUAACCUAGAAACGGAGACAGUUUGUUCUGAAACAAUGUGAUAUGAGUAUUUCUGGCCCUCACAUGCAGCCAAAGUAGACAGUGCAUCUUGUGUUGAUUAUUGUUAAUAAUCGGAGAAUGGCAUGACUGGCAUUUCUUGACUUUUCUUCCCAAAGAAGCAGGCAAAACAUUGACCCAAUCUGUAAAAGAUUAAGAAUAUACACAGUAUCUCCACAUAUUUGUCACAGCCACAGUGAAAUAACCCAUGACAUGAAUCCCCUGCCAGUAAGAACACAGUGCUGACGGCUAGCUGAAAGGCCUUCAGACCGGUUAGCUGUAUUAAUGAUUUCCCUCCACACAGCCCUUCAUCACACCAGUCAGCUCAGCGCAAGUUUAUCCGAGGUAAUCCCUCUGUUGUGCUGGCACCAUUAUCACACUGGGACACAACAGGCCUAUUCUUUCACAUGCUAUUAACAAAGGUACUUAUUGGCUGCUUUCUGGGAUUUAACUGGUGUGUUGUGCGGAGCUUUGGGGAAGGCAGCAGGAGGUGGAGCGGUAAAUGGAGAAAGUGAGGAAGGAUCAGCUGUGUGGUAGAGUUUAGGAGUGUGGCUGUAAACCCCUCUGGAUUACAUUUGCAAAGCUCGUCUGCUGGACGUAGAUUACAGGGGAAGAAAAUCAGUUUUCUCAGGUCUUCUUAAUAAGUCAUAUUCUGAGGUCUGAUUAAAACAACAUGCCUGUUGUCAGCCAGGUUUAAUGCUAUUUUAACACUUUCACAAACAGUCUACCGUAUUUUUUGAACUAUAAGGUGCUCAUAAAAACCUUAAAUUUUCUCAAAAAUUGACAGUGUGCCUUAUAAUCCAGCCCGCCUUAUGUAUGAUUACUUGUUGUGCUUACUGACCAAUUUUAUCUGGUAAAAUGCGCGCUAACGCUUUCUUUUAUGGUACACUUGUUACCAGGUAAUAAACAGGUAAUUACCUCGUAACAACAUGAAAUUAUCUGGUAAUUACACGAUAACUACUAAGUCAAUAUUGUCUUGCCAACAGAUAGGUACCUUCCAUCAUCAUACAAAUUUGAAGCCGAAUUGCUCUGGUAUUUCCAGGAUUUUCUCUGCUUCCUGGAACCACCUCGGCGGGUGAGUCGCUGUGAUAAUGCUCGGCUCAAACAGCGUAUCGCUACGCAAUCUUCGCACGCCCAUAGGCUGUAUUAAGUGUCAAUCAUAGAAAAUAAGAACCCCAAAUAGCUUUUGAAAAUGGAGCUGCACAGAAAAAAGAAAAAAAGAAAAACUAGACAGUAUUGACUUAGUAGUUAUCAUGUAAUUACCAGAUAAAUUCAUGUUGUUACUAGGUAAUUACCUGUUAAUUAGCUGGUAAUAUUUGUACCGUAAAAGAAAGGGUUACCCAAUGCGCUCAAAAAUCUGCCGAAAUGUGUAAGUACGACUUUGGUAAUCAACCAAGCCACUCUGCUUAAUGGAUAUUUGGAGCAUUACGGUACGCUGUGUCACUACCUGAUCGGCCCCGUAACAGGACCCCUGAACAGUCUACAAGACUGCCUGACUGUAAUGUCUAAACUAGAAGUGCAUUCACAGUGCGCCGUGUAAUCCAGUCCCCCUUAUCGCCUGAAAAUACGGUAGUUGUAUCAGACCCAACCCAUAAAGACAUACAACAUCAAGGCUUAAGAUAUGGACUGUUGAUAAUCAUCUUGAUACCUCUGCACAGCAACAUUUUAACACGGACAUCUAAGACUCUUUUCACACUGAUUUGUUGGUUUUAACUUUGCAGUUUUAAAUCAAACUUAAAGUUGAACCAGUCAGACGCGACUACGUUUAUUACUUCUCCGUCACAUCAAAGCAAAUGCUUCUCUCUCAGCAUGUCUACUGUAGACCCUGGAUUAUAAUUUCUUAGCUCCUGAUUGUAGUCACAGACAAGGUGAUGGGUCCAAAGCAAGAGCAAGAGUUAAAAAAUCACACAAGUUUCAGACAGAUUAGUCUCCACACUGACAGCUUUAAGCGGAGUGAUGACUGAUUAAUUUCAGACAGAAUAUCCUUUGUGUGUAUGUGUGUGUAUGUGUGUGUACGUGUGCGUGUCCACUUUCCGUCAACACUUCUCAAACUGUGUUCCCGCUCAGCCUCUGCAUCAUGGCAGUCACCGUAUGUGCCCGGACACACACUGACAGGAAGUCUAUUAAAGGAGUGAUUCAGCUGGAUGAUGUUCUUCAACAGGACUUCAGACACAGUUUUUAAACCCCAUAACUAAGAAGUGAUGCUUAAUUAACACUGAAGUCUCGUCAUGGUCUACUGGGGUCAGUAUGUCUCUCACAUUACUGUUACUUCAGAUUAAAUACAUUCAGAAAUAUCAGUUAUUUUCACAUGCUGGUUUAAAAAAUGAUUUUGGAUCCACUUUUCAGGGUCUGUGUCCUGAAAUGUUUUCCGCUGGCAGCACCCACAGCCCAGAUUUCAGAGAGCUUUACCAGCGUUCACUGGUUAGGAAUGUUGUCCUGCUUUCAGCUGACAGCUCUGAGAGCGCAGUGACAAAAAUCAUCUGAUACUUUUACAGCAUUUGGUUUCAACAGAAAAUAGACACUGCUGGGGCAAAAAUAAUGACGUUAGUCUCAAGGCCCCUAACUUUGGAUGAGUUAAUCAGAUAUUACUGCCUUUCUGACCUGACUGCUUAUUUGGGUGCAAAUCUUUUAUUUGGGUUUCACAUAUUUGAAGGUAAGAUUAUGGCAAUUUAUCGUUCAUUACAGUAAAAAUAGAGUAAAGAAUGCUUAGACUUAUCUCUUUAACCAAUGAAAAAUAGAUGUAGAAGAAGCGCUGAGGGAAACUCCGGUGUUUCAAAAGUCAAAGGUCAAACUCUGUGGUUCAGUAAGACGUCAGGAGGGUUGUGUCAUUCUCAUCUGGGUAUUCCCCGUCCUUAGUUUGUAGUUUCUUCUCUUUUAACACUUUGAGGGACAUUUAGAUGUCAAUCAACAUGGGUGGAUUAGAAAAAAAAGCGAUGCAGGUUAAGCACAUGCAAUCAGUCACACACACACCUAAUCCCCUUUCUGACACACACUCACAGUAGGCUAAGAUGAGACAGUGACCUGAGCUGAACAAAUGGACUUAGUCACGGCUGAGGAUUGGUGAGGAAUGUGGGAGGGGGGCAUGAGUGUGUGUGUGUGUGUGUGUGUGUGUGUGUGUGUGUGUGUGUGUGUGUGUGUGUGUGUGUGCGUGUGCGUGUGUGUGUGUGUGCUUGGAAUGUCCAGCUCUCCACCCAUUGAAGCAGAAAAACCCACAGGUGGAGAUGGAGGAGGAGAAUCAAGGAGGGAGGAAGGAGGUGUAAAUUAUGAAAUGCAGCAGAAAGGUCUGAGGGGCUUCGAGUUCAUCAAACUUGUGUUGGUUGUUCUCGUUGAUCCUUCCUGCUCUAAUCAUCUUCUUCAUGUACAAUUUGGCAUUUAUGCAGAGAUGACCCAGUAUAGGCUUUCUCCUGAAGAAACCUGAAUUGAGUUUCCCUUCAAAUACAAGUGCAUUAAAAAAUGUAUUUAAUAGUAUUUUGGAAAAUUUGACCAACAUUACACCCUCUACUAGCAAUGUGCAGCUGUGAUUCGUCAACACCAUGUGACCAUUUACCUGAUACAAGAGGAUUUUUUGCAAAGAUUAUCAAUUUUGGUAUCAAAUCAGUGUGUUUUGUUUGCUAUCCUCCAAAACUAAUGACAUCUAAAACUAAAAAGAACUAAUAAUCAAAACUUUAUUGCACAUCCCUCAGAUUAACUAAUAACUCUAUAGGGAACAUUUUAGUGUUAGUGACUCCCACUUAAACACAGCUCUUCUUGUCAUCAAUUAUAAAACUACCUGGAAGCCAAUUACACUUGAACCAAUAAACCAGUCUGUCUAUUUCUUCAGAGUCAACACGAGAGGCUCCUUUACAGCAAAUAUCCACCUCUGUCCCUAAAGAAGACCACAACAGGUGUGUGUGUGAGUGUGAGUGUGUUUAAGUGUGUUUGUGUGCUAUCACUGCUGUUAAUGAGUAACAGUGUCUGCCUCCAGAAUGCUGAUAAAAGUCAGGUCGAGGACACCGGUCUGUUUCACACACACACACACACGCACUUCAACACUCACACACACACACACACACACACUCCUCAACACUCACACACACACACACACACAGGCUCUUUCUGAUCUUGCAGCAGCUAUUUUUUGGCUUAUCUGUAAAUCCUGCAGCACUCUGCAGACACACAAAGGACCAUAAGACAAAGACACACACACACUGUACUUACGUUGGUCAGAUAAUUGCAGCAGCCUGUCCAGAGCGGUUUACCACACGGCAUAUGUGUAGUGGUUCCUCAGUUCAGAGGGUCAUUGCUAAGCCGUGUCCAUGUACUGGUGACUGUAACCUGACAGUGACUGAACAAGUACACUGACCUGACCCCAGAUUCCUCACAUACAACCACAACACCUGCCACUGCUGCACUUUUUUUGUAGAGACUUUAACAAGCAUUCGUUAGGGGUCACCGGGGAAGGUUAGGAGGACUGAAAGGGUCAGAAAACACUCCAUGUAAAAUGUUUCUCUGUUGCAGGAAAGAUAAAAGAUUUUAAUUGUAAGAACUUAAUAGCUACCCUAGAAAGAACAAUUUGAUAUUAUAUUCCUUUACAGUUUGUUUAGAUUAGAUUUGAUACAUUUUAAUGCUUUCAUGUGUCAAAAUUCUUACAUUUUUAAGCUUUUUGUGUUUCUUAGAGAGCUUAGGUAUCAUAGGCUACGUUCAUACUGCAGGUUAUGAUGCACAAUUCAGAUUUUUUGUGAAAUACGAUCUUUUUGUGCGGUCGUUCACAUUACAACAACGAAUGAGGCAUCUAAUGUGAAUGGAAUGCGUCCGUGAAGUGACCCGCAUGUAGCCUGGCUGGGCCGUCUGGACUUCGGCCAACUGGGAGCGUGUAUUAGCAAUCAGAAAAUAACCGGGCCAAUCAGUAACUGUGUUUCCACUGUUACCUGGACAGCAGGGAAAGGCAGCCCCUGAUUGGUCCAUGUGUAGAUGGUGAUGUCUAACACAUGCUGCAGGACUUUUCAAAGCGCCGUUCAUUCAGAACGCCGUUUAUUCUGCAGUUGACUUUGCAAAGUCAGCAGAAAUCAUUUAGAUCCGACGUCUUCUGCGGAUAUAAACGACUUCUGCUGACUUUGCAAAGUCAAUUGCGGAACACUUGAUGAAAAAAAGAUCUAUUUAAACUGAAGAGUCAACUGACCUUGAGGAAACAAGUUAGCAGGUUUUAGUUUUAGCUAAGCAGACACAACGUCAUGUGGUCUCUCUGAAAACCACUGCAAAACUAGAAUUUUUACUUGUGGGAGAUACGUGACAGAAAUAUUAUGCAAGGGAGAUAUUUUGUUGGCGUUGAUGCACCUCCAUGCACAUAUGCAAGAAAUAAGAGGAACACGGCUCAGCGUUCAUUAACACCAACAUCACUCUCCCAUUUGUUCACAUUGACACAUUGACCCUGAUUUCUUGCAGACUUUACUCACAGACAUUCAAUUUGUCUGUUUUCACACAUGCAGCUCAUUCAGAAAAAAUCAGAAUGGCAGUUGCGGUGUGAAAAGGACUAUUCAGUUACAUUUGAAAAGACAAAACUUAACUGCCUGUAACGAUGAAGAGCAUGAGUAAAUCAAGAGUUCCCUUGGUGUUGAACUGCUGGUCCAGGAAGUUUGAUGAGCCAUGUUCACAGCUUUUUGUCACGUCUUCCAGUUGACUGAUUCAUCCUGAAAACAAUCUGCUUUCACCUAAUCUUAAUUUGUAACCCAAUAGUUGAAACCAAUUCAAGAUGACAGGACACUGUGUAAACCAUAACAGCGCCUGCUCCCUGUCUAUCUGAGGACUUACUGUGCCUGAAAAUGAAACCCAGUCCCCAGACUCCAUACACUGACCAGCCAGGAAUAAUACAUACACACACACAUACACAAAUACACACACCGAACUGGAAUAGUACUUGCGUCCUUUGACCUACUUUUGGUUCCAACUGGCCAGCUCACCCUGUUUAUUCAGACUUUUUCUUCCUUAACUUUUCUUUCUCCUUUCACUUUUUGUCCCUCCCUCUCUCUUGGUCCCUUCGGUCUUUAUUCCCUGGAUGCUCUGAUUUUACUGAGCAUGAUUUAUGAACUCAUCAAAGAGGCCCCAGAUCUUAAAGAGUGAUUCCUUAUUUAGAAAAUAAGUGAAGUAAUCAGGUACUGCUUUCUCAUUUUUGCAGUAUAUAGAGUUUGCUAAAUGCCGGACAAGGUUUCAGUCCAUGAAGGAAAGGAAAAACUUGAUCUUUUGAUGGAAAAAAACACACAUUAGGCGACAUGGAUUUUAUGGCGACCCUGUCACCACAGGAGACAGGUGUGAUGUCUUUAAAUGCUCUCUGUCAAACAGUGUAAAAUCUAAAUGACAUUUCCUCUCCCUCCGUGAAACCCUGAAGUUUUAGAGACAUCUUUAUUCGUGAGAAACAAGCAGAUCAGGUUUCAACAAGUAGUUAAUGGACCAUUAAGGAUGUCUCUAACUCUGUCAGUCUGUCUCCUUCUGUCUCUUUCUCAGGAUGUUAACAAGGUAAUAUUCUGUUUCGCUUCUUAUCCAGGGUACUCAUUAAAACGUCAGUUUCUCGUCCAGUCUACAGUUGACCUGUAAAUCCUUAACUGUAGCAGGUAGUUGUUUGUCUGGAUUUGUCCCUCCCUCUCUAUCUCUUCCUGACUCAAUCCUGCAAAGGUGUAAGUGUGUCUGCAUAUGCAUGUCUCCUGUCUUUCACACGUUAUUUUCCUCCCUUUUCAUCCUUUACUUGACUUUCUUCACUUCCCUUAAUCUGCAUUUAUGUAAUGGGCCCACACUGUUAUUACACACGCACACAAGUGCAUACUGUGCAUGAUGUGGUUUCCAUAAAAGCCUUUAUAAGCUUUUAAAGAAUGUUCUCAGUUCAAACCGCCUUCAGGUUCUCGGUGGUUUGCAGCUUGUGUUUUUUUGUCCUCUUUCUCAGUUUCCUCAAAAGCCUGUUUCCACUCUUUUUCCCAUGUUUGAGAGUUCUCCAUUUUUCCUUGAAGAGAUCAAACCGCAGUUUAUUUUUGGAGCUCAGGGUGCAGGUUUCACAGGUAUUUUGAAUUCAUUUUACCUCCGAAAAUCAGAAGCCAAUUGCAUGACAAGCUGUUUUUUUCCUUCCAUUAAAUUAACCUUACAUUUGGACCUCUCAUCUUUUGUGUAACACAGCAUCAGAACAAGGGAUGAAUAAGUGAACUUUGCAAAGCUUGUAGGGUUUUAAUCUUGCAAAGACAUUAGACUGAUGGGCCCACGCUGUGUGUGUUUCAAAGAUACCUUUCAACUUCAGCUAAUGUUAAAGUUAGGGGUGUCCCAAUACAACUUUUUAACCUCAGAAAUGAUACCGAUAUUGCGGCCUUCAGUAUUGGCCAAUACCAAUAUUGAUCUGAUAUUGGCACAAACUUGUGCAUGACAAGUUUUGCACUCAACUACAACACUGUUUUUCUGACUUAAAUGAAAAAUACUGACACAAGGCCGACAUCACUCAUACUGCUACCUAGAGGUGCAGGAGGGGAUUCUGGAAUGGACCACUUGUAGGCCGAUAUAAUCCGACAUUGGCUUUUUUUUUUUUUUUUUUUGAUGCUAUCGGACCAUUAUCAAUAUCAUAUGGUUAAAAUGUGGAUAUAAUGGUUGUUUAGCUCAUGAGAAACCUCCAUCUGUAUCUAACAUAAAAUCUCUGAACUUUAACGUCCUUGGUAAUUAAUUAAAAAAACAAACCAAAGAAUCAGGGGAAGGCAGCCUGGCAGCUAAAAUGCUCCCCCCAUGUACUUUGUACCUGUCAGAAUCUCUGUGAGACUCCACUUAGGUUAUAGGUUUUAUCCAGAUUUGUGCUGACGAACUCGGACAUGCAUGCAUAUAAACCAAAUAUAAUACAGUAGGGCUGGGCAAUAAACCAAAAUUUACGACAUAAACGACACCACUUAGCACAUGUCAACAAGAUAUUUGGUGUCAAAAAAAUAAAAAGUUUGUUUUGGAUGUGUGUAGGUAGGCUAUGGUCUCAUGUCCCUUUAACACACUGUCCUACGUUGGAGAUGUGACUCCACCCCAUCCAGUCCGUAACAAAGAGGGAAAGACAGGUGAGGAGACGGAGGACGGUUCAAAAGUUGGAGCGGCUGGAGCGGCAGCUGAAGUAGACAAAGUUAAUGUAGGAGGGGGUGAGCAGCUUGUGGAGGAGUUAUCGUCCAUUUAUUGUUAUCAAGGUGAACUGCUCAAUAUAUCGUGAUAUUGAUUCGAUGCCAUAUCGCCCAGCCCUAUAACACAGUAAUAUUUAAAAAGUAUAGUGUACAGGUUGUUACACUGAUUUUGCCUCUUGGCUGCAUUUAAACACUGGCCUCCAUAAAGAAAGUAUUUCAUUGGACGUAGCAUCUUUUACCACAGAAGGGAAAUACUGUAGAUAACUGCUAAACAUUUUAAGUAUACUGUUAAAGAUAAACACACUGUUCACAUUGACUUAAGAUGUGCUUGAGUGAAGCCUUGUUGGUUUACGUCUUUCAGACAAUUGAUAACCGUUUUCCUUGUUGGCGUUUUCCAAGCAGGAAAGCAUGCGAUGACUGAAAUCCAUAGGGCUAUAUAGAGGUUUAAAGAAAGAAAUGUUGAAUUGCACUGAGGUCCAAACCACAAACUGGCUUUAGAUUGUACCAAGCUGCAGCAAUAGCUCGCAGCAAUCAUGCAAAGAGUCUAAAAAGAAAAACUUGUGGUUAACGUUUCAGAAGUUAUCACAGCUAUUUUUCCCACAGUUUUUGAAACGCAAGAUAAAUGUCAAAGUGGCAUAAUGUCCUUAUAAUUGCCUUUUCCUUUUCCCUCAGCUAACUGGUUUAAUGGCGUUCAUAAAUCUCCCCUGUAUUUAUUUGGGAGAGGCAUGUCAUUAAAAUGAUUCAUGCCUUAUUUCAGUCCAGCAUAUUUAUUACCCAUGUCAAGUGUAAGCUCAAAAGGGAAAGGUUCGCGGUAGAUUUUGCACCUUAUCGAACCGAUUUCACCACAUUAAUGUGAAAUUGCAGAUGCUUGUCUUUGUUUUUGGAGGAAAUAGUGCGGUCAUAUAGCAAUUUGGUAUAAUUUGUUCACUUCUGGAGGUCACUUUGUUAUUUUAAUCAUCUCUGAGCCUAAAACUUCUCCACACACCAGCUUGUGCCAUGACUCUUUGCCCAUAGCAGCGUUAUGCCUCGUACUUCAUCCAGAUUUUGAGAAGUUUGCAAACAGGUGUAGCAGCCAGGAGAGAGGAAAGGUGCUGCUAUUUAGGAAGGGUGUAGUAAAAAGGAGCAAAGGGGUGAAGGCUGCAGGCGAUGAAGCUGGAGAGAGUAUCAGGAGAUAAAAAUGAAGAGUAUGAGAAUAAAUCUGUUUCUAAGAAAGCUCUUGAGAUUGUGAUCAGACCAUAAAAUAUCUGAUUAACUUCUGUGAAAAUAGGAUUGCAGAUGGUUUUACACUUCUGCGUAUGUGUGCGCCCAGAAGGCUGAUGGUGUGAGUCGCUCAGUGGAUCAGAUUGCCCUCCCAACCACUCAGCAGAUUCCUCGAAGUUUUUGUGGCCUGUGUGUGUUUUUCUUUUCUGUGUGUGUGUGAGUCAAGUGUAAGCCUGAGGUUAUACGUGCGGAAGAGUGUGUGUGCAUGUGUGUCAUGUAGCCCCUCAAUGAUGUUGGGAUAUCCUCCCCAGCCUCAGGCCUAGUGUUAACUGUCAAGAUAAGGUAACAAGAAGCAGUUAACCUGUGGCUGAGGUGGAAGUGACUGGGUCAGAGCGAGACACCGUGUGUGUGUGCAACUGUGCCGAAAGAAGACAACUUAAUGUGUACCCUUCAGUCUGCCUGAAGCCCUGAGCCAGAGAAAAAUCUGUGUGUGUAAGAGUGUGUGAGGCAGCAGUUUUCUAGGAUGAGAAAUAACAACAAUGCACUAAAUUCACCAAAGUUGUAGUUCCUCAACUGUCCUCUUGGAGGCUGGAUCAAGAAGUAAAUCAAUUCCCAUAAAAGCUGUAUAUUGAGGUGCCCAAAUGGUUUAUUUUCUCCAUGAUGGUUUUACUUUAUGUGAUAAAUACAAUCUUAUAUCCAUAUUUGAAAUUAUUUUUAACCUUAAAGCAACACUAACAAGGGGGCGUGUCUUGGUUUAAUGACAGUCAGGUGCUGCUCGUCGUCUUUUACUUGUCAUUUCUGGAUUUCUAUUUGUCAUCUUGGCGCUGUAUUUGGUACUCUCUGGAGAUAUCUGAUCUCCCAAGAAGUCUUAACUCUCAAUUUUUUAGUGUUAGCUUAUUCUUGUUGGGUUCUUCAGUGUUUCCUGAUUUAUUAGUGACACAACAUAACUCCGGUUUUGAUUCCAAACUUUAGCUCCUAGCUCCAUCUUCCUCUUUAUUCCAUCUCCCAGGCAGGAAUUUUCUUUCACUUUACAGCUUUCACUCUCUACUAAAUGUAUAAUAUCUGAUAAAAUGAUCUCAAUCAUGAAAAUAAGAUAAUUAACAAGCUAAACGACCAGUCCUGAGAAUGAAAUGUGUAACUUAAUACUGCAUCAUCUGUCACAGUGAACCAUGAUGCCAGACCCAAAAUGUUGGUGCAAUUGUUUGUAUUUCAGCCGAUGUGUGUGUGUAGCAAGUUGAGUGAACAAAAAUUUUAUUUCUCUUUGGGGAUUAAUAAAUUCCCUCUUUUUCUGAAGUAAAACUUUAUUUAUAGACCACUGGGUUUUAGAGUGCUCAACAAGCUCGGACCAAAACCUUUUUAGGUCACAUCAGGAUGAUUUUAUGGUUUUAGACAGAGACAGAAAAAAAGUGAAACUGGAGGCAAACACUUACUGCCACCACGGAGUAGAGGCUGACAUACAAGUCCUAAAUCAAGUCCUUGAUCACACUGGUAGCGUCCGAAACCUCCGGUGAUUGUGGGUUAGGGGUUAGGGAUUCAGUGAUUCAUUUCGGACACAGCCUAACACGCCUUUGAAUGCAUGCUCCCUACUCUUCUUCUGUCUUUUAGUGCAUUUUCAGAGCAGCGUACAGCGCCACUAACUGGCUGGCAUAUGCACAACAUCGUUUUUCAGUGGUUUCAUGUUUGCGCGGAUAUUUCCUGAAACUAUUCUGUCUUCACUGAAAACUUUUUCAAAAUGAAAAGGCAAUUUAACGUUUUUGUCUCCGUGUGGACAAGGCCUUCGUGCUGUUGUGUGUUAUUAUCUGCUUUUCUCAAAAACAAGCCAAGAACAACCCGCUGGCUUACAUUUGUUGAUAUUUUAUAACUCCUGCUAAGCCUCUCCCACCAAAAGAGAUCCUCCACCAAAUUGGUUAAUAAAGGCAAAUAAUCAACAAAGCAUAUUUAGAAAUGGGCAGAAGAGAAGAAACUGCUGACAGCUACGUCAAAGAUCAUGUGUUCGUAUGAGUUUUAGUGGCUUCAUCCACUUUUUAAAAACAGUUCAUUGUUUGCGUUUUUGGUUUAGUGGUCGGGAACGACUGGAAGUGGUGAGACAACCAGCAAAGUCUUGAAGUGUUACGUCUGUGAGUGUCAGCAGUUUGAGCAAGAAAGUACAACUUAUUUAAUCUAAUUCAGCGUUACCCAACAACUGAUCCCUCCGGUCAGAAUCAAUUUAGAGAGUUCUGAUGUGAUAACAGGAUUCAGGCUGGAAAAGAGAAUUUAGAUUUCAAAGAAUAACAGCAGAGAAUUACAGGGGUUCACCAAAAGCAUUGCAUAAAUACUCCACUUACGGGUAAUUUGAGACGUGCACACACAAAUUCUCGAUGAAGCACAAUGUGAAGGGAUAAACCUUGAACCUUUCUGAAAAACGUCGAGCUUAGUUCAAACCACAGAAGAGAGAGAGAGAGAGAAUGAGGUAAGUGUUACUUUUAGGACUGAUCCGGUAAUAAUGAUGACCUUUUGAGGACCCAGUUGUCUUUCAGAGCUCUGAGAGUCCACACACACACACACACACACGCACACUCACACACGCUCACAUACACACACCUCUACCUAGCUCAGUACAUCAACGCUGCAUCCCGCUGUUAAGUGCUCCCCAUCAAAAGCAUUCCUCGGCUCCCCCCCUCUCGCUCUGGUCUCACUUCCUUGCCAACAACAACGUUGUGUUGGACUCAGCAGACCCAUCUGACUCGGAGACCAGAGGAACGUUGAGGCAUUAAAAACCAAACUCAGGAUCCAAAAGCAAAACACAAAGGGCAGCCCCGAUCACCGCACUCUGCCAAAACAUGCAACACAAAAAUUGAGUAAAUUAGCAGAUAUUUUCGUAGCACUUACCUCAGUGUUUGGAUGCUGAAACGGUUUUCUCGGCUGCUUUCAAGAAACCUCAGUUGUGUUCUUACCAUGGGAAGUGGACAUUUAUAGUUCUCUCCUGUCGGCCGAUUAUUGUUUUUUCUUUCUUUAAAUGGAAAUGUCAUUAGUGACUCUGAUUUGAACAAACAGCCCUGUGCUCAGUUUAGAUUGAAUUUCGAAGAAGUAUGUCAGAAAGGGAACCAAAGGAAAUCUAAAAAAGUUGUGUUUAUGCCGACCUGGGAUGUGUCUGCUGAGGUUAGCGUGGGAAAAUGCAGAGCUGUACAAAACUGUCUGAACUUGAGCGAAGGGAAUUGUCAUUGAAUUUAUGGUUUUAAUGUCAUCUAGAUGACAAAGAGCUAAAACAGUUUACAAACUUUAAAAACUAUUCAACUCAGUGAGCAGGUUGUUUUUUUAAAGACCGUGUUCUGUUGGGUUUGAUUCUGGCCUCUGGCUCUGUUCAUGCAAGUCACUUCCCACUCUUUCUCCCUGUUUCCUGCUCUCUCCACAGCCCUGUCCUUUAAAUAAGACAAUAAAUAACCAUAAAAUAGAAUUAAAAUGAAGAGAUGUAACAGCAGGCCUCUCUCUUUCUUCUGGUAAUUUGCUGCUUGUAACUGUAUGUGCUUUUGAGUGCUUACCAGCCAAACGGUCAAGGAUUGCAAUUGUAAAUUCAUCAAAAGUAAAAGGAAAAAUAUAUACUUGGGUGACUUGCCAGGUAUCAUCGUAGGAGAGAGGAUUAGGGCCACAUGAAGAGAGAAAAAAGUAAUUACAGGAAGGAGAUUAAAAUCGAAAUUUCAAGAUUUAAAAAAAAUGGAAAUUAUGUCAAUGAAGUCAAAUUUCGAGAUUAAAAAAAUGUCGAAAUGUUGUGAGUAAUGUAGAAAUUUCGAGAUUGAAAAAUUAAAAUUUUAAGAUUAAAAUCGUUAUUUCGAGAUUAAAGUCGACAUGAAUAAAGUCAAAGUUUCAGCUUUUUUAAAUUUUGACUUAAAUCCCGAAAUUUCGACUUUAAUCUCCAAAUGGAAAUUUAAAAAAUCUCCCUCCUGUAAUUACUUUUUCCUCUUCUUGUGGCACUAAUCCUCUUUUGUACAUCUAUGUAGGGGAAACAUGGAAGAAACAUAACUAGGUUUGUUUGUUUCUGACCUUAAUAUUAAAAAAAGACAAUCUUUUCUGCUCUUCAGUGUUUGGAAAUAGAUCAACUGUUUUUUACUCUAUUAUCUGUCUGAUGGUCAAUACUUUGUAAGCUCUUUUCUGUAUGAAAGUUCUUACUGUUACAAUUGUCUAAACAUGGAGGGACCGCUGAAAGCAAAUUUAACACUUAGUCAAAAGUGCUAAUUUACCUAAAUUCAAAGUAAGACAGUGAUACAGUUUGCUUCUAGAUACCUGUAGUUGUGUAAAGUUUUGUUGUUGUAUAGUUCCCCAAAUGAUGGAAAAACAUUGAACCAUAACAUCCUCAACAACCGCAGUCAGAAGUAAGGGGUCAAAGAAAGAGUGACCUCCUCCCUGCUUCAUUUGGCGUCAGACUUCCUCCUUUUGCCACCAUCCAUGUCGAGGACGUGCAGCUCAGGGCUGAAGGUCCUGCCUCUGUGGGAGUUGUGUGUGUGUGUGAGUGUGUGAUGUGGGUUGUGUUUUCCUGUCAUUAGGCAGAAUACCAUAACUGUGUGUCUAACCUACCUACACACUCCAUUCAUAUAAUGAGAAAGAGAUGGAGGCGGACAAACAAUCCUUAAGAUGCUUCUGCACCAAACUGUUCAGCAGACUGAAGCUGUUUCACUCACAGGUUUCCUUAACAACAGACAAAAAUGAUCAAACACAAAGAGAGAGACUGAAAUCAGGGGUUUUCAACUUUCUGUAGACCUUCAGGAGCACUUACAUGUCCAAGAGGACCCACACGUGCAGAGAAACCCACACACAUCCACACUGACCCCAUGUCCCGUGAAAAAGAAGAAUAGAUCUUUUGCUCGCUUCAGUUUCACCCCUAGAGACAGAUUUAAAAAGACUUCACUCCGGUCAUGGACCAUGAAAGAGGAGGAGGAGGAAGAGGAGGGAGGAAGAGACGCCGCUCGUCUGUGUUCUCAUUGGGGGGAGAGAGGGAGUAAAGGAAGAAAAGGGGGGAAAGGAAGAGGAGAGGUCAACUACCGAAAGUUGAGAGGUUCAGUUUGAGGUCCUGCCCUUGUGGGGAGUUGAAGUAAAUCACUGAGGGGAUGGAGAAGAAGAAGAGAUACCACACUGAAGGAAGAGGAUGGCGUGAAUAAGUGUGAUGAAAGAGAAAAGAGAGAAUGGGGAGUAAGAGAGAGAGUGAUGACAGGGACGAGGAGGUAAGGAGAGGAAGUGAGAGGUUCGGGGUAAAAAAGAACGAGGUAACGGGGGAGUGGGGAGAGUGGAGGGGAAUUCAAUCGUAAGAAAAGAAGAGAUAGAAAAUUAAAGGAAAAUGACAGAAAGAGUGAAUGUGCAAAGGGAAUAAGACUGAGGGAAGGUAAGAGGAUUAAAGAGGGAGAAAAGGGGACAAAAAUGGAGGUGUGGAGCAGGAAAAGGAGACCAAGUGAGCUGUCGGGCCCCUGAUGAGAAAGCCAUACAGCUGAAGGAACACAUUCCCGCGUCUAGGAGCCAGCAGGAUGAAGAGAGGGAGGAGGAGGAGGAGGAGGAGGAGUGGAGGCUCCUGUGAAUAUGUCUGUGUGACUAAUGUCUUUUUCACACAUUUCACCUCCAUCCAUCCAUCAUUGUGUCCACCUCCUGCUCUCCUGUUAAAACAACAGUCCACUGUGACAGAAAACACCAGAGGACUACUGUAACUGUUCUCCGUCUCUAUAAUCAGCUUAGUGUACACUUCUCCACCUCACCUUAUUCAUCUCCCCACAUCCACAGACGCAGACUGGAGGGAUAAAUCAAGAUCUUUGUUUUAUUUUGGUGACAGUUGACAGCUGGCGACUGCUGCUGGUCUGCUGUAUGAAGUCUGAGACCGUGUGGGAAAUCUGCCAGACUUCGCUGUGAAGCCAUGGUGGUUCACGUUGCUCAUGCCUGCUCCCUGAAGGGAUCUAAGAAAGUCAAAAUUAAAAUGUUGUAGGUAUUUUUUUAAUAAAAAGAGUUCAUGUUUUCUUAAUCAGUGGUUGUAAAGAAUCAAAUAUUGAAGGUUUAUGGCACUAAGUAGAUUUUAACAUCAACUUUUAAAGCUCCCUUUAAAGUGGGUUUUUAACUUGACAGGAAAUAGACUAUCAAAUCAAACAGGAUCAUUGAGGACUAGCCUGACCAUUACUCAUUUGUAUAACAGGGUUUGCGCCACAUUUUCAUCUCAUGAGGCCAAAAAGUUCAGAAUGAUGACAGUGUUAUCCCAAUAUUUAUAUACUUAUAAGCUAUUCCCUGUCCUUUUUUAUAUUUAAACUGAAAAGAUCCUAAACUGUUGAGAAAACUCAUGAAGACAUGUAGAGCACCUCAUCUUCUCAGUGGUAUUCAUCCACACUCUGCAGUAAAAGCUGGUGUGAGAAGAGAUUGUCUUAUAAAAUGCUCGUCUGUGAUGCUUUUAUUUUGACAUUUUACUGUACUGCAUUUAGGUAACUUUGUUUCCUGUAAUGAAAAUCAUGCUUUUAUUUUGAAAUGAAAUCUAUGCCACUCCUGGUAGAUCAUAAGUUAUAGAGCUGAUUGAAAACAAUCUCCUGAAAGGUCAGUGAGUAUAAAUAUUCAAUUUAUUAGUAAUAAACCUUGACCAAAACUUUAAAAAGUGUCUGAUCAUCUUUCGGAGGGCUGCUACAACUAGCUAUUUAGAUGUUCUAAAUCACUAGAAUCAGUUGACUAAAAAGAUUAGUUCAAAGGAUUCGUUCAUCGAAUCACCAAAUCAUUCAGUGCUUGGCAGUAGAAGCCUGCGACUCCGACCUCCUGAACUGAUUCACAGCUGAACAGUUCAGGAUUCAGUUCAGAUCAUAGCUUCUGGGACCGGGAGACAAUAGUGUUUGGCUGUGUUGCUUUGGCAAACAGGUUUGUAAAAAUGAACUUGUUUAAAAGUCACAAUGUUUUAAGUGUACUGUCCUAUGGUAUGCUAUUUAUCUGGUCUGCUUGGUAAAUUGUACUCAGUGAGUGAUUUGUUCACUGAGUGUUCAGAAGAAUUCACUCUGAACAUGCACCGUUCCCUCACAAACCACUCCAAUGAUAGGAUGCUGCAGGUUUAUGCACUACCUUGUUAGUAAGUUGUUGUGGUGGCAAUUUAGCAGUAAAAAAAGGUAGUUUUGUCCUACAAAAAUGAUUCCAGGGAGUGUAGUUCAAUGUGUGAUUCGUUUACCAGGCUUUGGUCCAUGCGGUCCCUCGUUCGCCAGCUGCUCGCCUGGCAAUGCUGCGUGCUAUAGCAUCUACCCUCCCAACAGCUCAACUGAAGUGAGAAAUGAACGAAUCACUUCUGCAAGUAAUUCAGUUCAGUAUGUUCACCUAAAAGAUUUGGUUCUUUUGAACGAAUCGUUUGCAAACGACACAACACAACAUCUGGCUGCUUCAUCAUCUUCCCUCUACUUUAAUCAUUUCAAACUUGAUUUUAACAAAAAAGCACUCACAGGAGCUUUAAAUAAUUAUAUCAAAUAUACAAAAGCCAAUUAGAAAGAAAAAUUCAUCUGUUUGGAUUUCAGAUUUAACUUUGACUGUUUCUGUUGUCCUUGAGCAUGCACAGAGUUUUCUUUCCUUUUGCAUGCACUAAAUUCUGGUUUUACUUCAAAGUGCAGCUGAUCACCUGACCAAUCAUUUCUCUCGUGCUUCUGCUCCUUGGAUUUCCUCGCAACCAUACAGCCAUGCUUCAACAUUCUUUGGCAAGUAAAACGCUGCGACAAAAAAGAGCUGAAAGAUCGCCAACACAACUACAUAAAACAACAUAUGCCAAAGAUAUAAAGAGCUGGAACAGUCCUUCAAACUUUUUACAAAGUUGUUCAGGAGGUAGACCGGGCCUUCAUCCCGAUAUCAAACUGCCCUUAUAUGGAAAUAUGCUUGACAGACUAAUCACAUUGCUUUUCUUUUUAUCAUUUGACCAGUUAUUUAGCAGCGGUUGUCAGCACAGCGCAUGCAUGAAUGACAGAAACAUCAUUAAAGGCAAUUUACAACAUAUGAAGUCCAUUUAGCAUUUGGUUUAGCUUUGAUAGUUUGAGUUUAUGAUCUGCUUUUAUUUCUUUAAACAUUCUGCAGAUAUAUUAUGAGUUUAUCUUGGGUAUCGAAAGCACUACAGCAACUGCAGACCCAAACAAGAUGACAUCAUUUAGAGUUAUGUACACCUUAUUUCCCUUGGCUCAAAAAACGAGUUUUUCAACCCUUCUGCAUUGAAAGCUCCUCAUUAACAGAACCGCGUAUCACGCUGCUUUAAUUCUCUGAUAGAUAGUAAAAGAAUGGAGGGGUAAUAAAUCUAACAGAUACCAGAUGUUUGUACUUCAGGUGUGUUUGCGUGUUUGUUGGAUCUUGUGUAUUUUUAGAUAAGCCUCUAUCAGGCACAUUGUUACAAUCAAGCUAUCCUUUUGUCUUUUUGAAAUCCUCCUGAAGCUUCAGGCCGUGACCUGAAGUGGUUUGUUUCUUGAUUGUUUCCAUACAAUGCCUUUUGUAGUCUGUUAGGACACUUUGUUCCCUUCAUGGUGGCUUUAUGUGUGUAUGUGUGUUUUAGGACUGUAUUGUUUAACCCAGAAGUAGAUCCACAGCGUGCACUGAACCUUGUUAACUCCUACAACCCUUCUGCAUUCAGCCCUCCAUCCUCCUGUUUGUCUUUCUUUGUACUGCUCUCCCAUUCGCCCAUAAUUCAUUCCCUUUCUCCUCUCAGACGUACUCCCUUAAAUUCCAUCCUCCCUCCCCUCUCUUCUUCUUACUUCCCUUCCUUCCUCUUUCUUCCUCCUCUAUUUGUUCUCUCUAUCACUCCCCACUCCUCUCUAUCUCUCUGUAAUUUCCUCUCACCUUUCCCCGGCCCACUCCUUCACCCCUUCUGUUUUCCUAGUGUGCAGUUUCACAGCCGAGCAGCUACCGAGCGGUCAAGGUCACGCCUGAUUUUAUGUCUCAACACGACAUCCCAGUUGAUUUUGGCAGGGCACUCUGUUUGCUCCUGAGGGGUUCUAUUGUUGUCAGUGUUAAAUGUCAGAUGGAGCCAAGCCACGGUAAACUCCUUACAGGUUAAAGGAUAAUUCUCCUGUGUUAAGUGCCAGGUUAGGAGGCUUCUUUGGGUUCUGAAAAUAGAGGAGAAAACCUCAGCCUGCAAAUGUGGAGACGGGAGUCAGUCAGAACAAAGAGUGUUAUGAAAGGUCAUCUCAACCUCGCUGAGAAUGUCUCCAUCCUUUGACCUCUUAAUGUGAGGAUGUAGCCACCCAUGAUUGUAAGUCCAUCCAUUCAGUCGAGUGGACUGGCCUUCUAAUAGAUACAGAAAGUAUUGAAUUGACUGCUAGAUAACUGGAUUAAACCAUUACCUGUGAUUUUUUGCAGUUACAGUUCAGGUGAAAAUACUGAGAGUCCAGUUUAGUCUUAGUCAGAUCAGUCCCUAAAACUGGUUACACCUAAAAGCGUGUGCGGCACGUUCCUUCAGCGCUGCAAACACUGGAUUUGACCCGUACUUGUUCUCGUCAAUGCUUGUGUUUCCACAGGAAGCGCCGCAGUAGGUCUCUGCUCUGUCCAAGAAGUGUUUCCCCGCUCAGCUAUCUAGUCUAUUUUUAUGGGACCACGAUUCAGGCGGAACAAGAUCGACCUUGCCUGGAAUUCAAACACAGAGACAUAAACCAUCUGGUUGAUUUCCAAAUCAAACGCCACGCACAGACUCCCAGACGUUUGUCACAUUUAAACCUGCAAAGAAUUAAACAUUUUUAUACUUAUGUAGCAUGAGAUCUCUGGCUGUGUAUCUGCAGUAGAUAUAAAUCCUAGAAAUUCACGUAACUUUUUUCUUUUCCCAUCCUCAAGGUCCACCCAGGGUGUCCGAGCGGGUGGCGCACCGGCAGAGCAUCCGUCUGGGCCGCACCAUGAAGCUGCCCUGCCCCGUGGAGGGCGACCCCCCGCCGCUCAUCAUGUGGACCAAAGACGGACGCAACAUCCACAGCGGCUGGACGCGGUUCAGGGUGCAGCAGCACGCUCUGCGCAUCAAAGAGGUGGAGACCGACGACGCGGGGACAUACAUCUGCAAGGCAACCAACGGGUUCGGUAGCGUCAACAUCAACUACACACUCAUCGUCAUAGGUAAGUGCUUUGAUCGAAGUUGAAAGUUACUGCAACUUGAGGCACAAAACCACAUUCUAGUUGUUUUUAGCACUUUAACAGACCUGAUGUACUGUUUAAUUACAGAGCAAACCUGGUAUAAAUCUACUUAUUCCACCAGUUAGACAUCCAACUUUUUGAACUUUUGUUCCUCCAAUUCUCUCCUGCGCUCUUCUUAAUUAUUUGGGUUUUAUUUAGUCUACCUUGCUCACUUCAUCUCUUAUCAUCUCUUUUCAGUCUUUACUCUGAUUUUUCAGCCUUUCUUACCUCCGUCAUCUCUUCUUUGUGAGUUUCUAGGCUUUAAUUAGCCCGGCUCGAUUGGUAGAGAGCUGGUGCAGUGACUAAAGCUGUGUAUUUCAAUGAGCCCCUGCUUUAGUCUGAGCUUGUUUGCAUGUGUGUUCCUGUACGAGGAUGAAUGAGAGUUUGUUAAAGAAGAAGCUUUUUGUUUCCCCUGUUGUUGUGUAUGUGUGUAGGACACUGCGUCAGUGUGGUAUGGAAUUUCACAUCUGUGUGUGUGUGAGAGAGAGAAAGAGUGUGUUCCCUCUUCUAUAAGAGACUCAUUGUUGUGCCCUUUUUUCUCCAUAAUUAUUUCCCUGAUUUGCAUCCAGACAGCACGUCUGCCAGCCAGUUCUUGCUCCCAACACAUCAAAUGCGGCUCGGUUGGUGGUCUGUCACAUCAUUGUGUGACGCUGUAGGAACCAGCGUAGAGUCAUUUCUGGAUGCUCUUUGUUUUGAUGUGCCGCUGAAGACAGGUGAAGUAGUUUAAAGUUUUGCUUACAUGGCAGCCUCAGGCAAAGGAUGAGUCAAACAAAUAUUUGGUAUUUGUCCAGGAAAUCAUGGUCUAACUCUGGAGAGAAACAGAAGGUUUAUUUUAUCUGCUUUGUAGGGUUAUAUUUUUGAGUCCUGUAGUUUAUAUACUUGAUAUAAUCUCUGUAGAAGUCAUUUAGAAUAAAAAAUAUGUGGGUGUAUAAGACAUUGUCAGGUUUUGGAGGGUUGGCCCAGAAGGCAAAAGGUUGAAGCCAUGUUCCUGUGUAUGGACUUCCUUUACCUUCAACAAAUUCCACCUCGUUCAGAGUCGAUGCAACUGUGAAGCUCUCUCACGUGGUAUCUGCUUUGCGACUCUGCUAGCUUCUGAUAUAUCGGUUUGACUCAGCUGAGUUAGGACAGGCUGCUUAUACAAGAUUUGCCUUUAGGACGGAACAAUUUGCCCAGACUCUGCGGGCCAUUUGCCGUCUCAAACUGAGGAGUCUUAGUAACUUAUUUACCACUAGUUGCUGGUUUUCUUUGAGCUCUUACUCCUUGUAGAUACACAGUAAGAAACCCCUCUCAGUAUUUAAGACUGGUAAAUUAGGUGCACCAAACUACAUUUUAAAUGCCAAAAACCGUUUUAAAAGUACGUCUAGAUAUGACAAACUUUAGCCUGUGUAUGAUUACAAUCACACAAAGUAGGUUUUGGGGGCAGGUUAGUUAUUGCUUGCAAGUUGGUUAGUUAUCAGGACAGAAGUAAAAGCGAUUAAUUAUUUUUUCAGCAUGUUUUCAGAGAAAAGUUGAGUAUUUAAAGUCAACCAGACAUUGCCAUGCCUUCUGGAUCAGCCUGUGACCCUGUGGACUCUGACAACCUUGCUGCUCAAAUACAGAGUGUGUGUUUUGGUCUUUAGUGGGACACAAAUAGCUGCUUCCCUCAACUCCCAUCCAUGUAAACAAAAUACCUGCAGGAAAGACGCUAUGUCCAUGAGCAUUUACACAUGCAAGUGUGUGUCUGCACGCUCGGGGUAUCUCUUCACCCCUCUGUCCCUCUAUUAUUCAGUGUGUGUAUGUGUUAUUGAGUAAGUUUGUGUGCAUGUGAGUUAGACUACAGCCUUCUAGAGAACUUGAAUCUCUCCAUGUGGUAUCAGUGAUUCAAAGAAAGAGACGGUUAACCACAAAUACUCUCUGCAGAUCAUAAAAAGUUACAGUGUGUAGGUAAAUGAGUUUUUUGUAACACUGUCAUCAUAUUUUAAAUUGUGACUUCGAAGCAGUAUUAUGUAAACACAGAUGUAUAUCGCAAACGUCAUAAGAUCGAUAUUAAAUAUGGAAUUACAAGCAGCUAAAAAUACAUAAUUAAAACCACUUUUGACAAAUAUUAAAGCUGAGAUUCAGGUACCUGUGUCCUGAUCAACACUGACAUGAUUCUUCUCUUUCCAUCAGAUAGUCGAAAUGUAUUGAUAGUGAACUCAGUAAAGACUGGGAUCGUUAAGGAGUCCACUCAGAACUAACAUCAGAAAAGCAUUCGCUAAAUUAGUCUAUGUUUGCCCUUUUCUACAGAUAAAUCAAUAAAGAUCAGCCAUUAAGAGAUGAACAGAAUAUAGAUAGACUAAAUGUCAGUGUCUCAUGAGAUAUCAUGAUUUUUCGCUCUCAUUGUAUUUCUACCUCAUGACUCUGGGUGGUAGCAGUGUCAUCCGUCCUGAACUUUUGCAUAGUUCAAAUACCGUGUUCUACUUUUAUAUAAUCAUUUGUAAAUCAUCAGUUAUCUCAGAAUCUGUGUAUCAUGAUCUUGUCAUUUUCAUGGAUGUUGUGGGUAUUGUGGUAUCCACAGCUGAUUGGCAUGAAAGUUAUUGCCAUGUUAACAACUUUAUUUGAACAGGUUUUUUUAUGGCUACUGUAAAAGUAUGAUAUUAAAAUGCCAUUUAUGUAGGGGCCAUGCUCUUUCUCUCCUUUUUUUUAGUACAAUUUACAGCAUUUGCAUGGUUAAUGAUAAUUUUAUACCCCAGUAAUCAUUAUCGGGGCGAUCAAAGCUGUAUCGGUCUUGUGCUGGACUUCAAAGGCGAGCUGGCAUACAGAGGGCAGCUGGGUGGUGGUGGGUGUCGGGUGAGGGGCACAGCAGCUGCAGCUGAGGUCAUCCAGGCAGACAGCUGCUCCCUCCCUCCCUCUCUCUCUCUCUCUCGCUCUCUCUCUCUCUCUCUCUCUCUCUCUCGCUCUCUCUCUCUCUAUCUCUCUCUCUCUCUCUCUCUCUGUCUUUCACUCACCCUCUGUCUCCUAUUCACUACCUCUUUCAUUCUCUUUCACAUAUUUGCACAUACCUCCUUCAGCAGAGUCGAUUUAGCCUUCGUCCUCAUCCCUGAACUUGAGUAUUUUUUGCCCAAAAAGGAUGGAAAGUCUUUAAGUCUCUAUCAAUGUUGUGGAUUCUUCGACAGUGGUUAAAAUUUUUCAUAAAGAGGAGAAAAUCUGAUCAAAAUAGGCGUUAACAUGAGACUGUGUUGUCAACAGUUGUCUCCAAGGUCAAGACUAAACUUCUGCAAAUCAUUUCAGGAAAAGUCAGAGGUUAAACCACGAAAAUGCAGAAUGAUUUUCUGAAAUUCUUCGGAGUCUUUCAGUCAAGAUAGAGCGACUUAAAUGGAAAAAAUAGGAGAGGAAACCCUCAAACUGAAGACACCAGAUGCUUUGAAGUGUAAGGGGCUGCAUCAGGAGCAUUGCAGGUUGCAUAAAUGUCAUCCAGAGAUACUUUGUUGCUCUGUCAGGUCAACCUUCAAAGCGGCAGACCCCUCCCUGUAAUUCCACCCGUGGAUCAUGCCACAGCAUCUCCUCAGAGAAGCGGUUCGUGGGGUCACGGUGUUUUCAUAGCUGGAACAAUCUGCAUAAGCGAUGAUGUCGAAAACAUGAGAGGAACUGAUGGAUGUAUGGGUGCAGUUGUGUCCGCAGGAGAAGUCUUAAUCUCGUUAUAAUGGGCUGAAAAUGAAAGCGCUGUCGUUUUGUUUUCUACUUUUUUUGUAUUUUGAGCCUCUUCACCCCCUUCCUGUCUCAUCUCCUCUCUGUUUUAAUCCCCCUCCUCUCCUGUGUGGUCUCUCUGUAAUGAUCCGAUACCCACUCUGUUUCACGAUAAUGAGCCCACACCUGUGUCUUAUUGUCUGUCCCUCUCAAUUUCUAACACAAAGUACCUUUAACACAUUUUUCCUAUUAACACCCAAUCUCAUUCCUCCUUCCUCGGUGGGUCGGUUCAUUUUUCACCAGUCUACAUUCUUAAUUUGAAUCAAUAUUUUCACAGUUUCCCAUUUUUCCUGGACGUAAUAGGAUUUGAUUGCUGUGAAACAUCCACGGUACCAUUUUCCCUGUGGUUGGAAGUGAAGGAAAGGCUUUUUUUUUUUGGGGGGGAAGGUUUUGUUGGCAGGAAAAUUAGGAGAUUCCUUCAAGUGUUUGCUCUUUUAUUGUGUGUAACUUGGCAAAUGUUUGCAGGAGUAAAUAGUCUGUUUGCGUGUGUGUGCUUGCUUGUUUAUGUGAGGGGUAUGCGUGCGUGCAUGCAUGCAUUGGUGUUCGCAGAUUUAUGGGACCACCAGUAAAGCCGGAAAAAUGUCAAUUUUUUCUGCUUGAUAAAACCUCAACGUCCUUCAAGAAGCGAGCACCAGGAGAGCUCUGGUUUCUUCCCCCCAGAUAUCUGUCGCUCCUUUUUUUCCUCUCUCUUCUCCUCCGCUGUCCGUCUUUCUAACUCACUUUAUGAAAUUAUGGAAUUGUCUCACUCCUCCCCGAAGAGUGAUUGAUGAUAAAUUUAUAGUUCAAACCAGAUGUGAUGACAAUGGGAGCGUGUCUGGAGCGGGGUCGGGAAGCCGUGCGUAACAAGGAAGGAAGCAGUUCGGAUUAGUGUGUGUGUGUGUGUGUGCGAUGAAGUGGGCGUGUUAGUGCGUGAAUGUGAAAAUGCAGUUUUGCGUUUUAAUUUGGAGAGUUUGUCAACACUUUUUUGAGGAAAUAAGUAAGCAGCGCGUGGAUUUGUGGUGAUUUAAGAGCUCGGCUGUGGCAGCUGACAUCUGGUCAUAAUCUGAGAACAAAGAGGGGAAGGAGAGGUAGAGAAAGAAAUCAAACGUAAAACCUGUUUGAACCUGUUUAAUAGAUGAGCUGGUACAUGAUUUCUGCGCUCAUAAAGUCGCAGUUUCAUAAUCAAUGUUGGAAUAAGACAAAUGGAACCAUAAGUCGAAGCUUGACAAAGGAAAUAAACUUGAAACAGGACUGGAGGGAAAUUAGUUGAAGGAAAAGUGUAGAGUUUUAUAUUUUCUUAAAUGGAGCUCUGUGGUUACGUGUCGGGAUUAUUGAACUAAGAGUGCCAAACUCAACUAAACUCUAACAUCAUUUCAUGCAAACUGACAUCCCUGACGUCACACGGCUCAGUCCUGUCAGUCAGAAUGAUUCAAAUCGAUGUUGCAUGCAGGCUAAAUGAUUUGAAAUUUUGGCUUCAUUCCACUUUUAUUUCACAAUUCAUCCAAACGAGACUGCAGCUGUCCUCCAGCCAGAAACUAACACAUCAGCUCGGGUUUCAAACCAACUUCAUCCCUCUCCCUCUGUUCCUCCGUCUUGAUACCUCCUCUGUUUUCGUGUUCUCAAAUUACGUCGUUUUUAAUUGAGAUAUCUGGUGCCUCGUCUGGAGAGGAUGUAGAGGUGGCCAAGGUUUGCUGCAUAAUUGGUGUGAGUCAUAGACACACACACACACACACAUGCAGAAACUCUGUGUGUGUGUGUGUGUGUGAUUGCAGAGAGCCUAAAAAACAAUCUCAAAUAACCCAAUCUCCUUCACACACCCUCACCCUCCCACUUAUACACACACCGGGGCAGCUGUGCCUGUCUCGCUGUAUUUUUAUGAAUGUGUGUGUGAGUGUGUGUGUCUGUGUGUGUGUUGUGGAUUUAGUGUUUUACCGCCACAUUCUGCCGCUCAGGUUACACACGCAGCACUUUCUUACUAAUGGGAGAAAAAUGCGCAGAGUGAACCUGGAGGUUUGCAGGAACCGCUCAGUUUGGUGUUCAGUAGAGGGUUUGAGGCCUCACAGGGGAUUUUUUUUAGGGGGGUCUGAAUUAUGAUUUACAGAACAUGAAAAAGAUGCAAUUUCAAACUGGAGACCAGAAAUCAUCGAGUGGUUUAGCCCCCCUGCCCUUGAAUUAUAUAGCUGCGCUUACUGGCCUAGAUUCCUGUCUAAGCUGAUGUUUCUCUCCUGGGUUUCUCUUUUACUGCUGCUCUGCUGAAUGAUCAGGUUUGUUCAGGAGAAGUUUUUUUUAGUAGAGAUGUGAAUUGAUAAGAUUUUAACGAUAUCCAUUUUCGAUUCUGCUUAUCAACUCAAUUCUUUAACGAUUCCCUUAUCAAUGCCUUUCUUUGAUUUAAAAAAGUAGACUAUAGGUUUUCACCGUUAACUCAAAAUUUUGUUGAGUCUCUGAUAACAGAAAAAGAUGUAUGCCACCUUCAGUCAGAGUCUAAAAAUAUUAAAAUGACAAACUAUUUGUGCAGCAUUUAUUUCGGUUGGUAUUACCGUAUUUUUUGCACUAUAAGGCGCACCAUCAAUGAACGCGUCUAUUUACAUCUAUUUUCAGACAUAAGGCGCACCGGAUUAUAAAGUGCAUUAAGCCAAACAAAGCAGUCAGAUAAGUCCAACUUUAUUUAACUCAUUCAAUAACUCUGCGAGGCUACGGUAGCUGCAGUGCUCCGACAAGCCAAAAGGAUUUUAAGUGCGCUUUAUAGUGCGAAAAAUACGGUAAGUCAAAUUAGGGUGACCACAUUCUGGAUCCCCAAAAAGAGGACACUACUACACGGGGCGUAGUCGCACGCAAAUUUUUGAGGCUUUUUCGGGUUGGGUCAAGUGUUUUUUUUAUGUGCUUUGAACUUAAUUAGUCCAUGCUACACAAAGUCAAAACUUCCAUACAAAACCCCAACAUUUAAAGGAUUUUAUCAACUCCCCCGGUCAAGGCCGGACAGCCGUCAAAAAAAGAGGACAUGUCUGGAUAAAAGAGGACGUUAAGUCUGGCGUGCAUUGUAGGAAUCAGAAGAUUUAAAAGAAAGGAAUCGUUAAGGGAGUCGUAAAGAUAAAAUGUAAAGGAUGUCAAUGGAUUGAACCAUUUGGAACCGGUUCUUAACAAGAACCGAUUCUCGAUUCCCAUCCCUAUUUUUCAGCCAUACUGUUGAUCAUUGGUUCAAAUCACCUCUGCUGUCCUCCAUUCACUCUUACUGUGCCAAAUUGUGCAUCAUGUAAUUACUCAUCAGUUAUUUCGUGCUUUUGUUUUUUGGUCCAAAGCAGGUGAGGAUUUCAUAGUUGAGAGUCCACAUGUGGUGUUAAGAGUAGGAUGAGGUGAGGAGACAACAGACUAAAACAAUCAGCAGAUAUAACAAGAGACUUGAUGAACUUUCUGGCUGUCUCAAUCUUCCUUUUACGAUUAUUAGAGCCAAAAACAAUAACAUGGAAAUCUUGUGGAAAAUCGUGGGGGGAAAAAACGGUGCUAUUAGUCAAAUCGAUGAAAGCCAAGACGAGUGUAACUGAAAAAUGCAUCUGGCCAACUUGCAUGUGAUUAUUCAUUUCUCUCUUUUAUAUCUGUCACCAGCCCCACGACUGAAACAUCUAAAUAAAUAAAAUCUAACUCUUAUCUUCCCCAUGUGAUUCUGCAUCAUAUAUUUUCUUCAAACACUCCAUGACACGUCUUCUAAAUGAAGCCCAAAAAACUCCCAAAUUGGCUUGUUGCAGGUGAAGGUAUAGUACUGCAAUAUAUCUGACAUCUCCCAAGUUAGGUGCUUUUCAACCACAGGAGCUUUCCCCAGUUACUAGGGACCUUUAGAGGAACUGUAGGAACUAGACUCUAAAUUUAGUUCAGGGGUAAAAUAGCUCCCCCCUGACAAGCCUUGCUCAGGAGUUAGUACUUUCCAAUGGCCCAGGGACUUUAGGAGGCAGGGCCUGACAAUUUUAUUAAUGUUUGUAAAAAACACAGGUCAUAAAUUUACAUAUAAAAUACCGGUAGCAUACACAGAGAGAGAAAGAGAGAGAUUGUUAGAUUCUUCAGACAUUUUAAGUGAAUUUUCCAACAUCAGCAGCCAAAAUUACAUCUCAGAUAUGAAACAAACUUGCACAUGAAGAGUAACAGAGAACUUUAGCUUCAUUAACAUUUAUAUACAUCUUCAUAAAAAGUUGGAAAAGCACACAUAAACCUUGACUUGCCUUGACAUCAAGCUCAGCCUUUCUAUAAAUCAGUCACAUGCAAGCGCAGGAACACAGGUAAUGACGACAGGACAUAGUUAUGACAUGAAUAAUUUUUAUGGAGCCUUUUAUUAUUACUCUGUAAAAGCCAAAACUUGGAGAGAAAAAAAGUUUGAGUUUAGGUUCAGGCGUGUAAAAGAUGCAGCUGUGAUUGUUCGUGAUUUUGUAUACAUAAAAUAAGUUAAAAAGACACUUUUGAUGUACAGGUAGGACGAGGAGCGAGAUAAGGAGAAAAGCGACAACGGUCUUUAGUCAAAUCAAACAAACACAGUGAUUCCCUGAUAUUCAUCUUAGACCUGCAGCAUUCAGGAACAACAUUGGAUGUCUAAACAUACCAUAGGAAAAAAUAUGAGCAAUCUUGUCAGUUCAGUAGUUAAAGAAAAGAUUGAUUACAGAUUUAAGAUGCUGGGUGCGUCACUGUCACUGUUUCUGUUUUCAUCUUCACACUCGUUUUGAGCACCAGAUGUGUCCGGCACAUAUCGGUCUUGUCAGAACAUCAUACCGCCCGCACAGUGAGGUAGACAAAGCUGCUCCUCCGGAAAUCAGGGUGGCACGGUGGAGAACAGCGAUGUAAACAUGCUGGUGCGUGUGUGUCUGAACAGAACGGAGUCCGGUUUCUAAAGCCGUUCUCCGCCUUGUUGUCGAGUCCAGCUGAGAAAAACAAACUCAGAUGCACAAAGAUAAAUGUGCUGUGUCACCCUGAUUGAACAAGACCGGACAGGAAAAUGUCUGUUCUUUUUCCACAAACAUGCUCACACACACACACACAUCAUAGUCUGAUAUAAGCAAAAUACAGAUGCACAGACACCUCUCAGGAGGGGCCCCGGCCUCCAUUUCACGGCUGUCUGUCCCACAUCCUCUCGUUCCGCCUCGUUUGACUUCCAGCAAAGACACGGAAAGAAGAUGGACAGCUCGGAGACACAGAGGAAAAGACAAAUAAAGCUCCUGCUUUUUUGUGGUUUUUUUCCUGGCUUCAGUUUAAAGACAUGAGAAACUCUGGACUACAAAAAAAAAGUAAUAAUGAAGGUUUAGAGAUUCACCUCCAAACAGGUAGUCCAAAAUAUUUCAGGGAUAAAAAGAGCUCAGAGAAACUGAAAUAAAAGCAAUUUAAAGAGAAAGUCUUGAUGCUUAGAACUCCAUAUUUACAUUACAGUAACCUUAGUUAUGGCCACAGAUUUUAGUCAGCUGCCUUUUGGGAUUGCAUACUUGUUAUAAUCCACAUGAAAUAAAAGAUAGCUAUUCAAGGUAAUACCAAAUAGAGUGGAGUUAAUUUCUGUGUUCAUGUUUUCUCUAAUUCAGCUCUCCUUCUUCUUUAAAGCGGGGUACACACAUAAGGAUUUUUUAUAUCUGAAGAGAUUUUAUAUCUGUCACAGACCCCACACAUGAAGAUAAAUAAUCAGGCGUUGGACAGUCUUGAUCGUAUUCUGUGUGGUGUGCUCCAAUGACCUCAACACAGCACACCACAAACAAAACGAUUCUGUUCCACCACCCAUCGAGAAUCUCGCCCUCCAUGACAGAAAUUUUGCGUGAUAAAACGUGAUCUAACAAAAAUUAAGAAGAAGAAGCAUAGCAACAACCGGGAAACACAAGACGCAACAUGGAAGAGGACACACAAGAGGAGGGUAUGAUGGUGGUUUUGGGGGUAUUUUUGACAGAAAAAUCUUGAACUAAAAAGAGAAGAUUCAGGUAGGCCAUGCUUUAUUUUUAUUGGCUUUAUUUGGUUCCUUGUUCCUCAGUCAGCUCACUUCUUGAUUGGCUACAUUCCGCAAUUCACGCAGUCAUGACCUGGGAGUCGUCAGCUUUCCCCAGACAUGUAAAGAUUUCUGGUUGUAAAUAUUGAACAAGUCUAAUAUUUACAAUUGUUGGCCCCGACCAGUUUCUGAUUCAAUUAUCGGGACAAAUUCACUUUUAAUACACCUCAGACUACAGGAUAAUCUUAUAGGAUAAUCUUAGAAGACAUAAGAUAAUCUUCAGAUUGUCGUCCUUGGUCGGGAAGGGGAAAAUAUGGACAAAAACAGCCCGAUUAUCUCGGUAAACACACCUUUUAAACAUGAAAAAGGUGUCAUUUUUAGCUGCACUUUUAAGGAUGCACUUUCGUACGUGAUUCCUGCUGCCUAGAUUGCAGGACAGGAUCCGACUCGAUUCUCUACUACCAGAGAUGGUUUAGGCCCAGUGGUGCAAUAAUCUUAUUGUUUCUUGUAAUGUUUCAUUUUUCAGUACAUCUCAUUUUUGACAGCUUAUCCAUCUUUCUUAGCUCUUUGUCCUCUCUUUUUUAACCUUCAUUCUUCUCACACACAACCCUCCUGCAGUCGUAUUCCUCGCGCUCCACCAACCGAUGGGAGAUGUCUUUUCUCUCGAUCGUCUUUCAGCUCCUCAUUGUUUCCCCGUCUGUUUGCCUUCAUGCUCCAUUUACAGCUGUGUAUGUGCAUCUGUGUGUGUGUGUGAGUGAGUGAGUGAGCAAAUAUGGCUUGGAUCUACUGAUUGGAUUCCAAGUCAACCUCUCACAGACCCCUAAUGGGUCUUAAAUACCCUCUGCUAGGUUUAACUUCAAUUCUGCAUAUGAGAUGCCAUCUGUCUGUUAGCAGGCGUUUUUUCUUUUUUUCCUUGAGGCCAGAGCAGUGAGUCAUUCUGAGGGGAAAUCCACCCUAAAACAGAGGUAAUGCAGAUGUUCUUUAUGAGCCGAGGAGUGUAAAUGCUAAUGAAUCUCACUGAAGCUGAAAAUCUCUCUAAUUACGCUUCUUUAAUUGAAUUCUUUUUCAUUAAUCUUCAAAAAUCCCCUGAUUGAGUCUGAGUAGAAGCACCGACUUGUGUUUUUUGAAGUGUCUCUUUCAUUGUUAGUCUUUCCUUAAUUAUGACGUUUUUUAGGAGGGUUGGAGUUUCCUUUAAUUUCCUCUCCCAGCUUUUCUCAAAACAUAAAGCAAACCUGUUUUUACUCUUGGUAUCUGCAGCAACUCUCCCAUAGCUAAUCUGAGGUGUAGCUUUACUUCUCGGUGUGUGUUUUGGCGAAGCAGGCAUCCUCUGAGUGAAAAAGUAUAAGAGCAAUAAGUAACAAAUGAGGCCGAUUUAACACGGCUCAUUUGCAGCUCUGUUACUCCUAUCAUGAAGAACGCUCUGUCCUCAAGUAACUGAAUAUGAGAGGAUGUGGGAUGCCUUAAAGUAUCACAGUUCAUCAGUUUGUUUAAUGUAAUUAAGACCCAAUGCCUCAGUGUGAGUCCAAGAGUAACAAAAGAUGACGGGGGGUGCAGAAGCUGACGGGGUGAGGUGAAAACAGAUGACAAUUACUGCUGCUAUUUGAGGAAGUGGAGAAAGAAGAGCUGCAGGAAGUGAAAGAGAGGAGUUACCCUGUACUUCAGGGCAAUUGUCUGUUCUGACAGUCAGAUCAAAAACUUUUUUAUAACAACUAUAGAGGUUAAAAAACAAAAGUUACUGCCCGUUGUUGCUGUUAGCUCAGAGAACAGGCGAUCCAAUAACAUUUAAACAGUUUAUUUGACUUUUAGGUAACAGGCCUGACGAUUGUCCUUCAUUAUCAGUGUUGGUUUUAAGGGAAAAAUGAGGCAAAGAUUAAGGGCAGGCUGAGUUAGUGUUGGGAUGCGGCAUGUUAAGAAGUGAGGAAGCAUGAAGAUAAAGACCUCAGAUUCUAACACAUUUUGAAAAGUGAAUUACAACAACUCAAUGCUACAUAAUCUGAAUGUCUGAAAUAAAACCAAAAACUUCCAAAUCUUGGGUUGGACUUGAGGUACUGUCAUGUUUAUGGUCACAAACUCCACAUCCAUUAUUCUUUUUAAACCUGUUAUGUUCAUCCAAAAUCCAUCCAAAUAUUUCAUCAGGUUUGGUCCUCCUACAUUUCCUCCAAAACCCCAAAAGCAAAACUGUUUGAGUCUACUGGACGCAGGUCCUGUGAGUCUCAUGACUUAACAAUACACCCAAAAUCAAAUUAUGUCAUUCAUAUCACAUAAUGUUGUUGGAUAAAAGUUAGUUACCCAACUGUUUAAGGGGGCAUAUGGUUGGAUUAUGAAGCAAUUAUGGUUGGGUUGGUCUGACAUAUUAUGUGUAUCAUGUAUGUUAUGAUGUUAUUUUGAAAGAACCUGUUAAGUGACCUGCUCAGACAGAAAGACAAGUCCAGUUCUGUUCUGUCUUGUCUUUUCAACCAAAUAAAACAGAAAAGACUUGAUAGUGAAAUUGAUAAGGACUCGAGUAGUUGGGGAGACUUGAUAAUGGUGUCAGUAUCAAAAUUAACACUCUUUGUUCUUGCAUUGUUCCUCUAUAAAGAAGUAAAAUCAAUAUUUUAUUAUAAUAUUUUUAAAAAUCCUGAAUGGAAUCAACAAGUUUGACUCUCUAAAAGUUUUUCCCUCUGCUGCUGCUAAUAGAUGCUGCUUAUUAGUAAAUAUAUAAAAUUCGUACUGAGAGAAAGUAAUUAAAGCGACACAGUCAGUGUAGAGAUGCAGCUGGGAGAGCUACGACAUUUGAAAGGCAUCAACAAAUCCUCCCAAGGAUCCACUCACUGCUCUUGAGGAGGCACUUAAAGGAGAUGUGCGUCCUGCAUCCCCCAAUCUUAAAACCACCCACCAACAACCUGAGCCCCGACCACCACCACCACCAUCAGCUACAUCUGAAAGGACACGAGGAGCUUCAGCAUCUUCCCAUGCCAGCUGCAUAAAUCCCUCACAGGCAGAAAUAACCACUUUACAUUCUCACAGCGGAAGGGUUAACCUCUCGGAAACCUCCGCAGUGCAAACACACACACACAGAAAAAAAACUGUGUGGAAAGAUGAGAGGGAGCACGACAGAUGGAAGGACACGCUCACAGAGAAAUCCAUGUUAUUAACCAGCUUUAAGAUCCAAAUCUGUGCCUGGUAGUGCCACAUAGAUCAUACCUCUCUUGAUACAGACAUCAGUUUAAGGAUGGGAUCCAAAACCAGUUCUAUUGAUGACACGGUCCAGCACUUUUUCAAAACCAUUGAGCCAGUAACAUUUGAGAUAAUCUAUACUGUUAUCAAGUCUCAUACUUUCCAUGGUGUGACAUUAUCACUCUGUUUAAAUUAAACCAUGCAUGCAUGAACUUGCACUUUUUGUCCAUAAAAUCUAUAAAAAUAGGUAUUAAAGAACACAAAAAACACAUCGGAGACCGUUCUGAUUUAAAAAAGAAGACCCUCAUUUUCCUCAUAAUAUAAAAUAAAUAUUACAUGUAGAGUUGCAACGUGUUUGUCUCCAUAACAUGAGCUCUAAUCUUCUAAAUCGGCAUAAAAACCCCUGAUUUCAAAGCAGAUAUUCAAAUUUAAUUACAAUAUCUGAUUUCCUAAUCGCCUAAACCAUGACACUUGUCCCCACUAAAUAUUUAAAACACAUUAAAAGUGAACUUUAUGAAGCCUUGAAUCAUUGUAGAACCUAGAUGAUGAUAUCAGAACCGUUAAUGAACCCUGUAAGUGUCCUCACAUUCCCUGUACUUUUCUACAAGUUGCUUAAAAUUCCAACUUUUUUAUUAUUUUCUUUGACUCCUAUGAUUUAAAUUACAUAACGCCAGGUUAGCUAUUAAUGGCUUGAAAUAUAAUAAUACUGAAUGAAUGAAAUUUGUACCAGCCACCAGCAUGAGUUAGCACAGGCAACAAAAGAGAGGCGUUCAGAGUGUUUUAGAGCAGGAAGGAUUGUGAUUGUAAUGAUGAGCAAGCUUAAGUUAGCACAGUUUCUACUUCUGAUUCAAUCACUUUUAAGAUAGUUUUAAAAAAGAUACUAUGAAAGAGCCGAUAAGUUUUGUUGGAUAGACCUGGUAGACCACUACUGUAGCUGGGCAGACCACCCGAGCUAAAACAUGCAUACAGAGAACAAUGUAAGUUCUUGUUUUUUCUUGCAUUUUGAUAUUUGCGAUCAGUGUUUUAUAAUAAAGUUGCAAAGUCGUGCACAGGUGCAUGUCUUCUUUACAAUAUAAUUCAAUAAAUACAUUGAAGAAGAAGAAAGCUUUUAAAAGGAGUGAAGUGCGAUCUUGUGAUUUGGACGUUACUGUAGAGAUCAGAUAGAGAGAGCGAGUGAAAUGAGAAGCUAACAAGGCAAAUUAACAAAACAGAGGAAGGAAUAGAAAAGCCUGUCAAUCAAAGUUUGAAAUAAAGGAGUGAGACAUUGAAGAGGAAGUCAGAAGAGGCAGACGAGGAGAGAAAGAGCACGAUAGAUUCAGGGAAUAAUGGGAAAAAGGCGGAAAGGAGAGUGAAUGGGUGAGCGCGGGUAUUUGUGUCUGAUCAGAGCGGUUAGCAGGGGAGCUGUGUACUUGUGAAUAGACAGCUUAGUGGGCCAUUAUUCGCUCUGGAGGAUUUGCCCUGUUCACUAUUGUUACCCUCAGGAGGGAGCAGCACACACACACGCACACGCACACAUGCCACACACAAGGAAAAAGAAAACACACACACACAAAAAACCUUUUUUUAAUUUUUAUCAUUUUUUUUGCUAGUUUAAUUUCCGUGUGUAUUAAUCACAUAAAAAAAGAGGCAAACAUAAGUUAAGAUCCUAAAAACACACACACUCGUUACACCCCCAGCCCACCCCCCACCCUGUAACUCCCUAAUAGACCCGUCUAUUGACAGAGCUGCUUGUUCGCUGAAGGAGUCUUUUCUCAUUAGGACUGGGAUUUUGUCGCUGCCCCUGCAGGCCCCAUUGUCCCGCUCAGGGCAGGUUAUUAGGCCUUCCCGCUGCAACGCCCCCCCCCUUCUCUCUCUCCUGCUGAAUAGACCUGAGAGGAGUGGAGAGCGUUCGGAGGGGCAGAGAAGGUUCCUGGCAAUUAGCAAAGACAUGUUUGAAGAGAGGAGGGAGAGCGAAGAAUGGAAGAAGCGGAGAGAAAGAGAGAGCGGACCUGCGCUACAAAGAGGCGUCUUUUGAAGUUUUAGAAACUUUUGUCUGCUUUUUACUACAUCAUCAAAGCCAAAGACUGGUUCUUCAACACGCAACAUCCCUCCUCCUCCUCCUCCUCCUCCUCCCGCUCUUUCCCUCUCUUCUUCUUUUCUUUCCUGCUCUCUCAAACGUUACUCCUCUUCUCGAGAAUGCGUUUGUGUCAGCGUUGAAAAGCUCUACAUCUUCUGCAGCCGCUUUGAUGUCUUAAUGACGACAUGAGAUUCCCUCGCUUCGGUCCGCUUUUGUCCCUCUCCUGAUUCCAGCAACUUUAUCUGGCUUUUUCAGUCUCAACCCACAAACAACAAGCAGGCUGGAUGCAACGGAAAAUCGCAGGAAAAAAAACAGGCAUGGAUAAACAUGUUCCACUUAUCAGACCGUGUAUCAGAGUUUCAUGGUAAUCCAAAGCCCGUCUUUUAUCUGUAUUUGAUACGGCUUUGCUUCCUAUUCAGCAUUUUCUUGUCGAAGCAGGUAGACUAAACUGGUUUUAAAGCUGCCACUGUUCUUCCCUGCAGCUCCAGGAAGUUGAUGAAACGCUUGAUCCCCUCCGUUUCUAAACACAGCCGAGGUGAAAAAGGCAGACAAAAUAAACUCUGAUUGCAGAAAAUCACAGCCAACUAAAUUAUCUCAUGAAAUUAUGUGUAAUUUGAAACAGACAAUGUCAGCGUAAAACAAGAAAUGAGCCCUGACAGACUGCUUUUGUUAGGAGCUGUCAGAUGAGCGUGUCUGCAUGUGCGUACUUGCAUAAAUGCAUUCCUUUGCAUUAUAUUUCACACAUACGCAUGCACAAUAUGCUUCCCCUCUGUUCCCUGCAGAAGGUGUGUGUUUAUGUGUGCAUAAAUAAGUAGUUUUUCCCCCAGGUUCUUAGGUAAACACAGCCGUGGUUAUGCGGCGCCUCUGCUAUCAGCCCCAAGUUUGAUCAGUGUGACAGCAUGUUGAAAACCAACACACACACACUUACAAACACACACUGUGGUCAUGACCUCUUUCUCAGCUCCAAAGUCUGUUCUGAUUCAUUCUGCGCUGACGAAUGUUAAAUAUAUUUAAGGAUUAAAAGGUAUUAAAUACAACUUAACUUCGAUAGAAACCAUACAAAUGUUGAAGUAAAUAAUUAAACCUUACAAAAAAAAGUUUUGGGAAAAAAUAUCAUAGUGUCAUUAACAUGAAACAGUUAAUGGAACUGAGCGCUUUCAGUCUCUUUUACCUUUACACUACAUGUCACAUUCAUCCAUUCAUACUGAUGACAGAGGACGCUUUCAUAGGGAAUCAUCAGUAAUAGCUAAUCUGAAAUACGCAUUCACGCACCACUCACUGAGUGACCGGGAGCGGAUCAGGGUUCAGGGUCCUGCUUGAGGACACUUUGGCAUCUAACUGUUGUGAUUUAGAGACAGCCAACUGGACCAACAGAGCUCAAUCAGUUAGGGGUGUCCCAAUACAACUUUUUUACUUCCGAUACAAUACUUAUUACUGUAGCCUUGAGUAUUGGCCGAUACCAAUAUUGAUCCGAUAUUGGCUCAAACUUGUGCAAAGUUUUUUACUCAGCUGCAAUGCCUUUGUCGGACUUAAACAAAAAAUACUGCCACGUGGCCAUCGCUCCUCUCAUUCUAUGACUCCUGGGUAAACAUGCGAAAGCUCGUGAGAUCUCAUCUAGUCUUGCGAGAAAUACCAGUAAUCUCGCUAGAGCUUCUCCUCCGAAGGCGGCGGUGGAUCGGAUCCGGUGGGCGCUGUUGGCUUGCGACUGAUCCGUGGAUCCUGUGGGUUUAGCCAGUUAGAAUUUGUGGCAGUGUAAGGGACGGCUUACUAAUGUCUGAUUAAAUUCAUCAUGUUGAACACUGAUUUUUUUUUUCAGAUGCUUUUACAUGCCAACAAUCGGUGAGAAGCAUACUGGACGCUUUCAGACGUGUACUAUAGUUUACCGAGCCUCAGAGUUGAGUGCCAGUCAACCUUGUUUUCUGAGUCUCUCCAUCUGACACUCUUAGCGUGUGAUAUCUAUAACUCUACUACACUAAAAGUUUGUCCGUUACAGAGAUUGAUGAGGAUUUUCUUAACCUAAAAUGCAUGAAAUUCUUUGACCUGUCAGUGACCUCGUGGAGAAGAGACUUUCUGACAGCAGCUAUGUCUUUUUUAUUUACACAAGAACUCUUCUAAGCACAUGUGCAGUGUGCAAACACCUGCCUGAUGCAUUGUGUUUCUUAGUUUGAACUAGUUUAAAGUGUAAACUUGGAAAAGGCUUGUAGACUUACUCUCUUUGCCAACAAGACCUAACAUUUUCAGAAAUCCAGCUUGUCCUCUCGCUGAGGGUUGACUACUUCAGGUGAGAGGCCGUCCCACUGUGUGCAGAUGACAUGUUAUGUUAUAAUGAAGCCACUAACAGCUCUGAGUAACACAAAUGAAAGUUGAACAAAGCAGGCGGCGGGAUGAUUCAUGUGGAAACGUGGCCCAGCGGCGCAUCAUGAUGAGUGGGUUAGUUUUACAUUGUAAAAUAGUUGUUCAUCAAAGGCGGCCUGUCAGCGUGCAGCCUCACUCUGCAGAGCGUGCCAGCAUCUUUGAAGUAUAACAAGACCAUCGGUUUUCUCAGCGCACACACUCAAAUAAAACUCCAACACACACACAAGAGCGUGUAAACACUUGUAAGCACACUUGUGAGUGUGGAUAUAAAUCUAUACAGAGUCAGUAAGACAUGCAAAUGUGUGUAAAACAUAUGUAUGUACUCUUACACACGCAGAUGACACAUACACACUGAAGAGGUGUUUUCGUUUGAUGUACACUUUGUUUUACAGCCUCUUAGACAUUCCUGCAGUGAUCACAUUAAGUAGACCUUGGUUUCAUAAAUGCUGCUAAUAAUUCAUAAUAUGCGCAUCAUUGGAGUUAAGAAGAUGAGGAUGCUGUAGGGGAAGCUGGGUUCCUUUACCAUGAAUUAUUGGGAAGGGUUAGAGGGUUCUGGACAGGUAAAUUAGCCAUCAAAUCAAGCACAGUAAUAUCAUGUCAGGUAACCAUUUGACAGUAGUUUUGGCUUUGAAGGUAGAUGUUAAGUCCUGCUGGAAAGGAAAACCAGCGUCUCUAUAAAUCUCAUCAGCAGAUGGAAGCUGGAAGUGCUCUAAAAUCACCUGGUGGAGGAAACACGGUGGACCAACACCACCAAGUGAUAUGGCAUCUCGAAUCAUCAUGGACUGUGGAAACUCUGUACUUCAAACCUUUUUAUCAAAACCAUUAUGUCCUUUUUAUCAUAAAUGAAUUGUUGGAAUUAACAAAUCAAACAAAUGACAGACCAGAUAAGUAGGAGUGGGAGAAAAAAUCGAAUCACAUAAGUAUCCUGGGCUAUCAUACACAUAAGUAUAAGUAAGAAUAAAUCUGAAAAACUGAUUUACAUGUGAUGUGUAUUUUUGGGGGAAUUGGUGUCAAAAAUGCAGACUAAAAAUCGAGAAAAUCGACGAUAACGUAGAUUCGCUAUUUAAAUCAAAUCAGCAUUCCAAAAAAUCAUGGAAUAAUCAAAUCGAGAGAAAGGCAUAUCGUCCCAUCCCUAUUAAUUUGUUACACUCUGAAUGUAGAAGUCCGAAACAGAUAGUGAAAUUAAAAGUGAAACAGUUGUUGUAAAAUAGUGAAAUACGUGGUAUUUCAUAGGCAGCUGUGAUUUCACCUCCUGCACCUAAAGUUGUGAAAAUGGAUUCAGGGAUGUAAGAUGAGAAAAAAAAGGUCAAACAGGGCGAAAUCUACUAAAGCACUAAUGAGAAGAUGUUUAACUGGAGUACAAUUUGAUACCAGAGGAGCAGGGUGGGCGAUGGAGAGAAUGAUUGAGAGUUCAAAGGGCCGAGCCGAGGCCGGCGGUGUGUGUUUCAAAGGCGGCGCGUGGCGAUGGAUGUGAGAGAUUUGUUAAUUCAGUAAAGCAGAGCGCCGCCUUGAUGUUUACUAGAGUUUCACAGGCAGCAGCUGGACGAGCACACACGCUUUUUUCCAUUCACACACUCUCAGAUAAAAUUGACAGGCAUUUACACAUAAACUUUGAUUCUAGGAACAGUGCACAUGUUGCAUAGAGGUUGAUGCAGUAACACACACUUAAAUAUUAGAUAAUAUCCCUUGCAUAAAUAUCUUUAAAUGCAUUGAGAAAACUUGCGUAUCCAUCGACAAACAUUAAACAAAGUGGUGUCACUGUGUCGUGGCUGCUUCCAGUUGUGCAGAGGGAGGUGGAAAAGAGAGGGCACACUGAACUGACAGGAGCGUCUGCUAUAUUUGGAAUAUGAGGGUACUUUUUAUAAGUGGGGAUGGUUGAGGUUGGAGCAAAUAACUAAAUAUAUCUGACUUGGUGCAGCUUAAACAGACAGUGCAUCAUCUGUUAGGGUGAUGAAAACAUCUUCAAUUCCCUUUAGAGGCGUAGAUUAAAAGAUUUUUGGUUUAUUCAUGUGGUCAGGAGUACCUGUGAGCUUAGCAGUAAGUUGCAUAUGUGUUAGAUUGAACAAAGGAGCUGUGAAAAGUAAGAAGAUAAAGUGUUAUGUGUGACUGAAACAUGGUGUGCUGCUUUUAUACCGUUUAUUCCUUUCAGACUCCAGAACAGGCCUGGAUAGCCUUGACAUUGUUAUGUUUUGUUCUGCUGAGUGACAUUAUGAAAUUCACUUAGCUGGACACAAAUCAGGAUCAGAGUCAGGAUCUGGUUUAUGCUCGAUUAGGAUUAUACCUACAGGGAAUUUGUCUUAGUGUUUUGGUGCAAAAACAAUAAGCAGAACAGAGAAAUAGAAAGCUGUAAAAGUCAUUUCCUCCCGUUAGUGAAAGAGGAUGUACAGCUGUACGGCUCUGCAGUUAUUAUCAGGGUGACUGUGGCUCAGAUGUUUAGCAGGUUGUCAUGUAAUCACGGGUAAGUGGUUCCAUUCCCAGUCUCUCCAGUUCACAUGCCAAAGACUCUUUAGGCCGGACGCCAAAUGCUGAAUUACUCCCAAAGGCAUGGCCAAUGGUUUGUGUGGGAGUGUGUGAAUGAAUUAAGUUCUAUACAGAUGGUCGGGUUGACACCUAACAAGACAGCCCCUCACUAUCUCCCACAAAGCUUAUUUAAGAAGGUUUCAUGUGGUUCUGAAACAAUCUGAAAUUAAUCCUGAGGCCUUUAUUGCAGCAAUCAUGUCUAAGGAGAUGACAGAUAAAAACAAGUCUCCAAAAACAGUUCACACAUUGUUGUCUGAUAUUUGAACUUAAGAAGAUAAAGAUGAGAUGUACAGGACAAAACCUGCACUUUGUCCACAAGGGGCGCUGAUAUCAAUAGAAAUCAAAUAUCUCACUGGAACUCUAACAUUGUGUCAGGGUUGUAUGAAGCACAAACCUCAGAGAAGUGAAUUAUUGCUCGCUGUCAAUUGCUGCGUUUACAUAUAAAAUAAUCAGAAUAAAAAUGCGUCAUGUAAACAUGUCGAUUAAAAGAUUCUGUUCCAAUCCGGCUCAAUCGGAAAGAAAUUAUCUUCAGAUCGAGAGGGGUGGUUUAUGCUGAUCAUUAUACCAAAAUGCGUCCAUGUAAACACUUAUUCCGAUCGUGACUCUCUUACCUGACUCGAUCUUCACUCUUUAGCCUUUGUCUUAUUUAUUGAGGUCAGUUGAGGAGGUUUCAUUAUUAACACUCUGGCAUAAAACAACCUCAGUUACCGUGUCUGCUCCUCCGCUAACAUAACAAGUCGUGUAUAUACAGCGUAAUGAUGUCACAUCUGCACACACAGUGCAAACUUUGACAGAAAAGUAAAGUAAGUAGGCACAGGCCCAAUCUAGUGACAACAUUUAACAGGGGGAAAACUCCUGAAUUGGACGGAGUGAGCCACAACCGCAUUUGUUGGUUUGUUGACAACACAGGCGUAAAUACAACUCUUCUUCUUCUGUAGUCUUUUUAGCGAAAUUAGACAACUCUGCACAUGUCCAAAUACUUCUAAUCUGAAUAAAGCUUGGUGCAUGUAUGCACACGUCAUGAUUGGAUUAUUUGAUUUUGCACCCAUAAAAACAGUGAAAUCAAAUUAUCCGAUCCCUCAAAAUUAUAAUUGGAUCAAGAAAUGUUGCACAUGUAAACAUGGCUAAUGAGUGAAUUUAAGAAAAAUCUCAGGUCAUUGUCAUCAAAUUAGUUUACUCUCAGGUUUUCUUUCUUGAAUCCCGUAUGUUUACUCCUAUUUUCUUUUAUUCUCCAUCCCUUUGUGUCACAGAGGACCAUCUGCAACUCUUCAGACUUUCCUGCAGGUGUGCAUCGCUGCCCUUGACUAUAUAUAUAUACAGUUUUAAUGGUGUAUCCUCCAUGUACUGUAUGUGGACUCACACUCUGUUUCCACUCCUGUGAUCUCAGAGGCCUCCUGUGAGCAGCGGACAUGAAGUAAUUCAGUAAUUUCACUGAAUCAUUUCUGUCCUUGACAGACUCGCCUCAAUCAUGUUCCUCUUACUGGAACGACGGUCAAGGUUUGAGACUUGAGCUGUAAGUUUGCCAGAGUCCUGUGUGGCGUUCAUACUCUCUCCGUUUUAGGCCAAUUUCAGUCUGUGUUCUGCACUUGACCCCGCUGCUCCGUCAGUGAAGUGUGAACAGUGAUGUAAAACAGCAACAUGCGCUGCACAUGCGUACGGAGAGAGCAAAAAAGAGAAAGACGAGGGAAAAACUGAAUGAACUUAACCAGAUGCUUUUGUUUUAGGAAUACAGACAAAAGUUCUCUUUGACGCACACACAGAGACCGAAAACUUGAUCCUUAACUGUAUGUUUUCAGAACUCAUAAACUCUUUCACUGCGUGACGUUUAUGAGCGACUGUGUGGAACCACUUCUGCCUGUGCCAGUAUGUUAUUUCAUUACUCUGUUGAUAUUUUAUGCUCUGACACAGUCCAUGUUCAGAAUACGAGGAGGAGGAGGAGGAGGAGGAGGAGGCCGGUCUGCUCCGUAUAUUUUCUCACUGUUGGUUUUCUCAACAUUUUUCAUGUCAUAACCAAACCCAGACCUUGUUGAUAACCCGAUCUUGACCGCCAAGGCUAAAUGGCCCGUGCCUGGAAGCAGCAACUGAAAAUACACCAGAGCUGAAUCUGGAAGAAACUCUGCUGGAAAAGAAAUCUGGACUUAUUAACGCUUCAUAAAAGAUGUGGCAUGUUAAUCACACAUUGUGUAUUUGGAUAAUAUCAGAUGGAGGUGGAAAGGAGCAGGAUUUGUGCUUUGUCAGCUGGAAGCGACACGGUUGAACUCUCUCUUCCUUCCCUUCAGGCAGGGGGUUUCUCAAAGAUUCACUGAAAUAUCUGCCGUCAGAAUCCGUUUAUUAUGUGAUAUGUUAUCGAUCGCUGGUGGAAAAAUGUCCUUUUUCUCUUCCUUUGCGUGGGGGAUACUCUCCAGUAUGAAGACAUAUGUAACUUAUAAGUACCUGGUGAGAAAGUACCCUGACACGCUUGGACACAGUAGAAACAGAGAAGUAUCGAUAAUACACCGCUGUUUAGAACCACAUUUAUUAGGAUUGACGUUCAUUAUACUACUGCUAACUUACUUAAAGAAACAAAUCAACAGGUUUCCCUGAGUGACGUCUUUGGUGUUGACUUCUGUGAGAUUGUCUCUGCAGUCCAUCGUCAGUCAGUGUGAACAACAGCACUAAAUAUGUUCACCCUCUGCUUAUUAUUAUGUGAAUUAACACAGGAAAGGCUCAUGGUUAGGCUGACAAUAUAACACAGAUGUACAGUGGAUCCAUAAAAGCUUCAGUGCUGAGGGGUCUGGAACUAUUUUCAGGCUUGUAGGGGUGGCAGAUUUUACUUCCUGGAACAGGAUUUUAUUGCAAACAGUUUCAGCCAAAACUCAGUAUCCUGGCUUAAAUUAGUUACCUGGAAGUGUUGUCUUAUUCAGGUUUUUGUCUAAAAGAGAGACCCAGGAACUCUGGGGCGUUGCUGUUCUCAGUGACAGUUUUUAUUGUCAUUCAACACUUUGACUACCGGCCGACCUUCAUCCUGAGCCAGCACGCUCUGUUCUGCUCUGAGGAAAGAAACUUUACAGUUUCAUUUUUGAAACAAAAGAACUCCAGAUGUUCUUGUGAUCGUAUUAAUAAUCACUACUUUGUAAUAAAACUGCCUGUUUUAUCUACAAGAACAUGGUGUGUGUGUGUGAAGUUUCUGGCCUACUGAUCAAACACAGGUCUCUAAUGUUAUAAGCUUUGGCUUCACAAUCAAAAAGAAGAAACAUUUGAUUAAAUUUAGGAUUUUAUGAUUAUUGGCUAUUCAUUAUGGAGGAGAAAAGGUCAAGUCCUAAUUAUUCUGUUAAAUAAUGCAUAAAUAGAUAAUAAUAAAUCUAAGGAAAAAAAGGUAAUUUGUCAGAAAAUGUAAAGUACCUGGGCAACCUUAAAGUCCCACUCUGAUCAUUUCUUUGUACUACUUAAAGUGUUCUCAGUUGUUUUUACAUUGUGAUUAUGAAGUUUUUAGCCAAAAUCAUGUUACCUGUGUCAUUUCCAAGGGCUUUUCUUCUGCAGAGUUUCAGUAGAUCUUUAGUAAUUCACCUCUGAGUUGUGGGCAGAGACAGUGCUGCUCUGCACGCUUUUCUUCGUGCAGCCUAACAAUGCCCGUGUAGUAGAAAAAGCAAGUCUCAUAGGACAGGAGCUAUUCUGCUCUCGGACUCGAAUGUCUUUAGGGACAUGAUUAAGGUUAAUAUCAUAAUUAGCUUUCUCACGAGCAUUGCACUGACGCACAAAAAAACAUGAUUUUCAUCAGAGUGGGUCUUUUUAAAUAUACUUGGGCGGCCUCAUUUGCAAAUAUAAAAAUGAUAAAAGUUUGCUUUUUUUCACUGCAUUUCCUGUGCAGUAAUAAUUUAUCAGUCCAUGAACAAUGUCUUGCCUCAAAAAUGAAAAUACAUGAUAUUUUAAUCUUAUUUUAGACCAGUUAAAAAAGGCUAACACUGAAUUUAUUGCAAGAGUUAAAACCUCUACCUAUGUGUUUCCAGUGGAUGACAGCCGGGCACACACACAUCCUCACACACACACACACACACACACACACACACACACACACACACACACACACACACACACACACACACACACACAUACAGCUGCUUCAUUCUGAGACACCACCAAGGCCAAAGUGGAUUUAACAGCCCUGUUACAGAGUGAACACACACUUACACUCACGCACACACACACACACCACACACACACACACACACACACACACACACACUGAGCAUCAACCCAAGACCUCAACGUAAGACGCUGCAUCAUUUUUUCCUCUAAAUGUGUGUAUACGUGUGUGUGGUUGUAAAAACAGUCGCCCUCCUCCCCCAGGCUAAAACACAUACUCACAAACACACACACACACACACACACUCACACACUCACACAGGUGGCUGUAAUUAGUAUGUUGAGCCCAUUCAUGGCACAGGAUCAAACUGCAGUGCGCUUGGCUUCAGGAAAUACAGGGAUCUGUUUAAAGUUAUACAUACACACGCUUUACAUGCACACACAUUCACGCACCUUCGCACACCGUCCCUCGUUUCUUGCUAACGUUGCGCCGAAAUACAAAAGGUUCCCCCUUAAACUGUUUGUGUUUAGUCUGCUGGUGAUUCAGACCUCUGUUUGAAUACACUCUACGAUCUUACACACUCGCGUACUCAGUGUUUGUUUCUGCCUCGAGAGAACACAGACAGUCGAGGUGUAGAGCGAGGAAUUAUGGGUGAGAUAAGCUUCAAAUGUUCAACAUCUCGGCUCUAACUUGAGAAUAUACACAGUGGGUUUGGUGCUGCAGAGGUAAGCAGAUCUCACAAAGCCAGAGCAGCUCUGUUCAAGGUUAUGAAAGCAGAAAUAAUGCCGCUGCUGCUCGUAAGUCUGAGUGGCCAGCUUUUCAUAUUGAUGAUAGGGCAGCUUUAUGUUUGGCUGCCCUUAUUCCCCUCUUGCAGACAUGAAUGGAUGUGUUUAAAUACAAAAGGACUGUAAUUUUGGUAUUGCUUGUACUUUGUGAUUGAAAAAGAGAGGUAGUCUGCACGCAUAUUGUUCCAGAUAUCAAGGUCUGCAGGUUUUCAUCCUUCGACUGUAAUUUGUCGAGUAUGAAACUGAUACUUGAACUUUCCAUACACCUUUUCCACCCCAGAUGGUAACCACUUACUCUGGGCUAUUUUACUGUUAAACUCAAUAGUAGUGCAAUGUAAUCCAGCCUUUGAUAGGACAUGUGUGUCUCCUCUGUGUGAUUUGUGUGUUUUUAACUUUGCAUCAGUAGGGUAUUUGCAGCAUUUGUACUGUGAGAGCACUUUUAUACAGCCUGUCCUUUCUUUUACAGUGCAUUUUAGCUUUUGCAGUUGCUUCAGAUUCAUGCAUUGUUUCUGCAUUUGCAUGUUUCUCCAGGCUAGUGCAGAUCAUCUUCAUUUGUCAGCCUCCUGGGGCUGACAGGAGAAAGUCUCAGAAAAUUUUAGGAAGGUUUUUGGCAAAAGUGUACUCAUCUUUGCAGAUUAUUUUCAUCCAAACUCAAACACAAUGGAAUGUUACGACCCAUAAUUUGAACUAGGGCUGGGCGAUAAACCAAAAAUUUACCGACACUGAAAUUUACGACAAUAACCUACGUCAUUUUGCUCAUGUCAACAUAUUUAGUGUCAAAUACAGGGCUUGAAGACCUCCGGCAUGGGGGACAAUCAUGUCCAAAGAAAAAAAAAAACCUAGUUAGUUAGAUCUGAAUAUAGAGGACAGUAUUACGCUGGAUAGCGUACAUCCUGCAGGAGAAGAAGAAGAAGAAGCGGAAGAAGAAAAAGACACAUCAGCUAACAGUAAAUUUCAAAUGAUGGAUGCCAGGUACACCAAUCCAGGAGAAGAAACAGUGAUAUUGGAAGCUGGGCUUGGGCGGAAGAGACUGGAAAAGAUGGAAAGCUGUUACUCAUGUUAGAUGAGAUGGGCCAAAAUCCAUCUUAGGUUGGUUCUUGAUAAUUCAUCAAACAAUGAGCGUGGUCUAGACCUGCUCUUUUUCUUUGGAAAGCAUCUUGGGAUGACGACUGUUGUGAAUUGGCACUAUAUAAAUAAAAUUUGAUUGAUUGAUUGAUUGAAAGCCAAAAACUAAAAGAGUCAGGUGCUUGUUUUUGUGUGUCGUGCACCGAAAGCUUAUACAUGGCAGCAGUAGGAAAAAGUUUGGUAAAGUUGGAAAGAUAUUCACAGUUUCAGACUUCCGGAAUCAAUAACUCUGAGACGAAUCAUUGUCUAAACGCAAAAGAUGCCUCUUUCUAUCGUCUAUUUAUCAUUAUUGAGGUGAACUGCUCAGUAUAUCGUGAUAUUAAUUUGAGGCCAUAUCGCCCAGCCCUAAUUUAAACACUGCACAUACCUGCAAACAUCUUUACCCUCCGCUAUAGAUUCUCCAUACAGAUGCAGCUAUCCGUUUAUUGGAAUGAUAGUCUGAUAGUUUGCACACAUUUCAAAAGCCUUCUGCAGCGAUGUCAGUGGAAUCUACGGAAAGUUAAAAGGUCCAGUUUUCAAUCUAGGGACUCUAAUUUAGUCCUGUCUCUAAUCCAAAGUAUUUCUGUUCCGUGUAACUAAGCUACUAUAAACUGUAACGACUCCAGACCCUCAGUGUUCCUUGUGCACCCCUGCUUCGACUGUUCGAGGGUAUAUGGAACAGCCUCAAACAGAGCUUCACAGUUCCUCUCACUGCAGCCUAAUCCCCCUAAUUGGGACUUAAACUUUGGACGUUUUGUUUCACUAAAUAAAGUUUAAGGACUGAUAUGAAUCGAUGAUGAAAGCCUUUUUGGAUCCGGUUACUUUGGAAAACUUAAUGUGGUUUCUCUCAAGUUCCAAAACUUCACGUCAAGUGUAAUACUGAUCAAAAUAGCCAAGCAUUACAGGUCCCUCUGAGAGAAACCAAACCUGAAUGUCAGAUCUUUGGAUUUCAAUAUUAUGCUCCAUAAACCCUCACAAACUCUCUCUUUUUUUUCUUACCUGAACCUGCAGAGGAAGGUUCGAGACUUAAUUUUUAACACACACGCUAACACACACACGCUCACCCUCCUUAAAUCUGCCUUCACUCUGAAACUCUUGCCAGCAAAAAAAACCUUCAUUAAUCAGCAACAUACCGGGAAUAGUACAUCCUGGAGUUUCUGCGUAAGCGUACAGGUGUCUGUUGAGUAAUAAUGUGUGUGUGUAUGAGUGUAGUUGGCGCACACACAUAGGAUUAUACAAGGGUUAGAAAGCUGGGAGCAUUUUUGAGCCAAUGUUGUCAAGUGUUCGUCGUAUUUCAGAGAGAGCUCCAGCCCAGACUGGCAGAGCGUGUGAUCCCAUUUGUAAAAAGCAUCAUCAAUUUUCUCCUGUAAACAGUUUGUUAUUGUCUGUACUGGGUCCAAAAAAAGGAAACAGGAGGGGGUCUGUCAGAUUUGUUCUCUGUGUGUGAUUCAGUGUCAUAAUGAAAGUAUGCCAUCACCUUAAAGACACGUCAUCCAUGUGAUCACGGCCGGCUGAAGAGUCUUACACACACAAGCUGUUAAUCUGUCACGUAAGCUUGUGUUGUCGCUCCCAGAGAGUAGCACUUAACUCUAAUGUACAAUUGUCUGUUCUGCUGUUACACUUAAUAAAUCUCCCUCUCUGCACCGACGCCUUUUUCUCCAGCUCCCUUCCUUUUCAUCUCUCUCCCGCCGCCUCUUGACCUCCUCUAAAAGUCCGUCAGCUCUCGUCUCGUUGCCUCUCGUUCUGCGUCUCAGCCUGUUUCAGCGUCUCUCUCUCAUGCUGUUAAUGGAGGACGGUGUAGCAGCAACAGUUAUAAUGACUUCCAUACGACUACACAACUUCUCCACGGGCCAGAGUGUAAAUCACAGUGACGUGUGUAUGUAGAUGUGUGUGUGUGUGUGUGUGCAGGGGGCUUAUGCAGGGAAGUACACAUGUGUAUAUGUAGAUGCUUUUGCACUGUACACACUGUUUAAUCUCAAGAUUAUGACAUCUCUCCAGAUAAACACCAUGAUUCUUCCAUCUGGAUGUUGUGUGAAAGCAAUAGAUGUAUGCUAUUUGUAUUACACAUUGGGUCUUUUAAUUUCUGUUUUAAGAAGACAAACCUGUGGCUGAGUAGUUAACAAGGAGUUAACAUACAAGAGUUUCUGUCUGUGCCUGUAUCGUAGCGCAAAAACCUUCAUAGCAGCUGAAGACAUCUUGUGAGCGAAGGAGGAUGUUUGAGAUGCUUGAAAGUUGCUGAAAAUUGUGUCUUUUUUGUCUGAUCUUAGCUUAUUUUUUAAUGUUUUCACUGUAACUCAAUGGCGUAACUUCUUUAUCGUCAAAAAAUCAUCAGCAAAAGAAUAAAAACUUUUGUUUCUUAUUUAUUAUUAGCGGACUUGGAUAAACUUCCCAUGUAUUAAUAAUAGUACGGAUCAUUGUUACAUUAUACGAUCUGUUGGUUUGGCUUGUUCGCAGAUACGUUAAACACCUCCUGUCCACAGAGGAUUACAUAUGAAAUUACAUAUGAAACACUCGAGCUGCACCACAGACUGAAGGUUUGUGUAGAACUCUGCUAUUCGUUACUUCAGAUCCUCGCCACAGCUCGAAAAUCUAACCAGCUAUUACAAUGACAUUUUGUUUAAUGUUGUAACUUGUGGAAACAAAAGAAUGAAUAAAAUGAUUGCGGCCGAGAGGGUUUGGGUAUGUUUGGAGGAGGAAGCUAAAGUUAAAGUGUUGUCUGAACAAGAGUCAGAAAAACUAAAAGCGAAAUGUUAAAUCUCAGCAACAUCACUGAUGAUUCAGGACGCAGACCAACAUAACAUGUGGUUUCAUUGAUUCCAGAGUAUCGUCAAGCAGCUCGAGUUGAAACGACAGUUUGUGUCGACACACUGCUGGAGGACCAUUGGGGUUUAUUCUUCUGGUUGUUUCAUAAGAUGGGUUUGAAGUAGGGCCCGACUGCCGAUGCCGAUGCCGAUACCGAUGCCGAUGCCGAUGCCGAUGCCGAUACUGAUUAUUAGGGAGGAAAAAAAUCAGAUUACAGAUUAAUCGGCUGAUUUUUUAAAUCUUUUAUGAAGUUAUAAAAAAUAUAUAUAUACUGUAGAUAUCUACAGUAUACUAAAUACUGUUGACAUACUGUAGGCUACUUGACGACAACUUUGUAGCAUGGCAACAUCAGAGGAGGGAUCACAAGCGCUUGGACAGAGAGUAGCGAAAAUGAAGCGUAAUAGAGAGGGCCUGAAAUGAGCAUUCUCAAAAAGGCCAAUAUGAUACAGCUGAAGAGCUUUUUGAGCGACUAACAAAACUAUCAGACGGACAGUAUGAAGCCUGAAGAUGAGGGUCACACCCCUCCUUACUGUUGAAAUAUGAUUGUUGUUGAAAGCAGACCAUCAUCUGCUCACUGAAAAUCAACAAAAACCUCCAUGCAUGAGUAAAAGGAUGAUGAACCAUUGUUUUAAAUAAGAUAAACGAACAGACUUUCCUGAUUCAUUAUCACAACUGAACAAGAAUAAACUCGUGAUUUUGGUACCAGUAUGGAUCACACAUGAUAAUCAAGAGCUUGUUGUGACAGUGAUAGAGUAAUACUAUCAUUUGCCUGAAACAGACCUCAUUUUAAAAUUGUUCAAAAUCGAACCGAAACUGUGGUCCCUACAUGCCUCAAGAUUUUUGUGUUGGGAUGUUUUUGCUCAUUUAUAUCCACACAGCUGCUAUGAGCUGCAGCAUUUAGAGGGAAACUUGUCUCUGAAUCAAAAAUAAUCCCUCCUGGGACUCAGGUUUAACCGAACAAUGCCUUUUCUAAAUCCUGUUUACUUGCGGUAGCUCCUGUCUGAGUUGCAAAGUGAAACAUCAAGUCUGCAUGGAAUAUGAGGCGAGCUGCGUGGAGCCUGAAGCAGUCAGAUGCUCCGUUUUAGAGGGAAAAAUAGCAGUUUACUGGUUUGUCCAAAUCACAAACUCAAGUCCAGCUGGUUUUGGCCACGAUGCUGCAACAAAGAGCGGUCAGUCAGAGCUGACACAGAAACAUUUCUUUCUCCACACACACAUAUCAGCCUUUACACACACACACACACAGGUUCUGUCCACAUAUCCAGUGUCUCUAUAUUAAAACCUGGAAGGACAUGACCCUUUAGCAAAACAGUGGCCCCCUGGACACGCUUACACACUUAGACACACACACACAUUCAUAGAGGACUGUUGGGACUCCUAUUUCUGAGCAUGUUCACGUCCAACUGCUGCCUUUUCUCUACAGACCCUAAAAGUAAAUACAUGAAGGGGUUAUACAAAUACACAUACACACAUACAGAGGGGUACCCAGCCAGUGAACGUGUGAAAUGUAGCACACUGUUGAACCAUUUCCCCCCCUGUAGAUUAAAAGAACGAGAAAUGAAAAGAAACAAAGAAGAAAAGAGGCCGAAAAUGAAACAGAAAGCCGGAGUGUGAGGAGACAAAGUGAGUGAAGGCUGGCAUGAAAAAAGGGAAGGAAAAUAAAGAGUGCAGUCAUUUUAAUGAUUAAAGGAGAAUGGCAGAUAUCAGUUAGUCCCUUGUACAGUUUUGUGCAGGGGCAAAAAUGUGGCAAAAACUUUUAAAAGGAGUUUACAAGACAACAGGAGGUGUUUGGGAUCUUACAGGAUCUGUAUUGAGCGCAUUCACAACAGGUUGUUUUGCCUUUCUGCGGUCUAUUUCCUGCUAAUUUGUCUAUAAUUCAGUGACUGCUGAGCUUCUACUGUAUGUGAAAAAGCAACAUGAUUUUACAGUUUCAGUUUUUGCAGGUUAACUCAUAUUUAAUAAAGUAAAAUAUGUUCCUUUAUGCUGUGCUGUUACCUUUAGACAGAGUUAGCAGUUAAAAGUCCUGUUGGGGUCCACAUGGAUCAGGGAUUGACCAUCAGAUUGUUACUGAUAAAUCCAUAACCAGGAAGUCUUCCUCAUCUACAUGAAUAUGGCGUUUUAUUUUGAAAUACUGGAUGACAUGCGCAUUUUUCGUGCUUGACUUCCUGUCUAGGACGAUCUUCUCUGUGUGGAUUGACGCACAUUGGAAGCGCAGAGCAGCAAAAAUAGACUUGCCGCGUAUCUUUAGCAGUACUGCUCUCGAUACGAUGCUGCGACAGAGCUGAUACGCGUCCUGUAUGCUUUGCUUCAUUGAUUAGAAUGGCAACCUAUUUGCUGUGUGAUACGUAAUGCUGCUGCCACACUCUAAAUAUGCAUCCUGUAUGUUUUAACCUUGACUUAAAUAUGCUCUCAGAUUUUCUAAUAUUGUAACUGUAAAUCGAACCAGGAUAGCAGAAAGGUGUUAUCACAGCUUAAGAAAAGAAGAUGUAGAGCUGUAAAUGAUGGAUACUACAUUUACUUACCCUGAGACUUUAAAUUCUCUGUUUUUAUAAGAUUUUUGUUGGUCAGGAUGCUUGUUGUGUUGCAUUAGUAUCACAGUGCACAGCUAAAACAUAAUAUUUGGGGUGUUUCCCUGCACUAUAUGGACAGUGUUAGCCAUCCAGCCCCCCUGCUGUGAGCAGGUCUGUAGGAGGUCUCCUGAGUAAGGUUUAUAGGCUCGCACCAGGCCUCGCGGAGGGCUCGCUAGCUGCUAAGAGCGCUAAACCAUGCUCCUUCUUUACUUCAGACCCCUGUGCCGCUGGGCUUCAAACGGGCUGCUCUUUCUUAGAACAUGCUGGGCAUGCAGGAGGGAUGGACAGGGGAGGGGAGGGGGCUGCAACAAGAAUACCAGAAAGUCAAGUUACCACUUAGUUAAAUAAUGUCCAAACACACAUGCACAGACACACCCUUACAGGAAUUCAUAUCACACACAAACACACGCACACAAGGUCCGCCAGUAUGCUAUUAAUACCAGCCUGAGGAUGCAGGUCAUGCCUCGUAUUUGCAUUUCAAAUGCGUCCUUCAUUCCAUUAUCCAAAUAGUGAUGCUUUUAAGACAUUUGGCGCUGCAUUAAACACUCCAAGCUUUCAGGUGGUCUUCUAACAUCCACUCACAGAUCUGACUCUGUACCAACAGGCAUGAUAAACAGAUCCAUUUACAGCUACACACACACACACACACACUUAUUUCCUUCAGGUGGUCCAAGGCUCUUUGGUUCAUUAUUCUUUCUUUCCAUCAUGACCAUCAGGUUCUGGUUGAAGUUUCAGGUUCAGGCCAAGUUAACCGUGUACUCCCCUACCUUCAUGUAUUUUGACAGACUUGAUACUGCACUGUAUCGAGCCUCCCCACUUCCCUGCGAAGGGGCCCCUCAGAUACAUUGGUUACAUCUUGAAGCAGUUGCGAGCGUGAAGGUUCAGACAGAUGUUUGUAUCUUUUUGAUAAUCAAUGUGGGAAGACAUGCUGAGGGAGAGAAACUGAUACACCAGCAGGAGUUUGAAGGCAAUAUGAUCCUGUCGACACAUACAGUUUCAGAGGAAUGUGAAGAAGAGUUUGCUCUUUCUACUUCGGGAUUUUUCUUUCCCCUGGAAGGUAACUUCAUCGGAAAGUUUGAUUGUUUUAUCCUGCAGAAGUCUGGACUCGGAGAAAGGUCCUAAUGUCGCCUCUGUAGUUUUUGAAGUUUUACUUUUAAGAUCCCGCCAUCUCAGUCGUGUUGACCAAAAUUUGUCACAUCAGGCUUGAAAAUAGGAGUUUUUUUCAGGGAUGUGUUGCAUUAAUUUCACAGCUGUCACCAUAAGCAAGUCACAGUAAACCAAACCUUUGUACAGUAACACCAAUAGAAAGAUACUGACAUAUGUAGUUCACGUUAAUUUUUUAAAGCCAGAUGACUCUUGGCAUUGCUUCACUCCAUCGUGUCUCAACAUUUUGAAAAUACCAUAACAUUUAAACUUCAUCCCUUAAGGAAUUCGGCUGAAGGAUGAAAACUCGGUCAAAUCAUAAGUACAAAGAGGUUGAGUCCAUACCACUCCACACGCACUCCUGAGAGAGGAGAGGAAAGAGAGUUGGAUAAAAGGAAAACAGGCAAAGAAGUGAAAAGAAGUGAGACUAAAGUUACAGGAGGGUUGGGGGAGCUGAGUGACCAAAAAAGAAAAUAUGUCCGAGCACAUUAUCUCCAAACAGACAGGUAACCUUUUGAACCUCAGACUCAGGAGAGUUAAUCCACCAGUGUCCCUGUCACACUCCUGCUUAACUACCUGCUUGUGUUUACCAAAAAAAAACAACCUGUGUCCCAAAAUUUAGACGUAGAGUCUUUCCAUUUUCCGCUCAUCAAAACUGUUGCAUACCUGAACACUUGCAUCCUGAUCUGGGCCCAAACUUUGUGAGUCCCUGAUAGAUUCUUUUAUCAAACGCUGAAUCCAAACUGAGCUCACGUAUCUGUAAAACAAGCUUCUUUUGCUUUCUGUUUUUUUCUGCCUAUGCUCCAUUUAAUCUGACUGUUUAGGAAUUUCCAACCCCAUUAAUAAUUCCUCUUACUUUCCCCUCUCUCUCUCUACAGAUGACUCCAGUUCAAGAAGUGGAGCCGGGGCUGCCAACGGUGACUCCGAAAACGUCCCUGAGCUGGCAGGGAAACUGGGUAACCCCAUAUAUUCUCAUCACAGCACACAUUUAGACCUGAAUAUGAGAGGAAGCAUAGCUAGGAGUCGUACUUUUUAAAGUGCAGCAGCAGAUUGUACCAUAAACACCUAGUACACAGUCAGGGGGCAGACUGUGCUUGUUUGUGCCCACAGGCAGACACACAAACACAGACACACACACAUCAGGGGGCUUGUUUGUUUAGAUAAUUGGCUCUGACAGAGUGGAGGGCAGUCUAUUUGUGUGAGGUGUGAUUUGGUGGGACACAUUCCUUUACACCUCCUCCAGAGUCUCCCUGCUGCCCCCUGUCAUGUUACCCUUCGUCUCUGCCUGUCAUUAUCUCCCCCUCUUCCUCACUCUCUCUUUUUCUCCUCACUCAAUCACAAACGUGCACGUACGCACACUCUACUACUGUUUGCCGCUCUCUCUCUCUCUUUGUUUUAUCGCACACAUUCUUCCUCUUUGUCUGUUUGGCUCGCUGCUCUCACAUAACUAAAACACUCACAAAACUUUGGCCGAUGUUGCAUUCAGAUCCACCAGAGCCCUCCGUGAAAAAAACACUCGCAUUUAUUUGAAUAAUGCUGGUCAAGUGAUAUAACAGGGGCCCCGACACAGAAAAAAACAGGGUCGCAGCCAAGAAUGUUGAUCCUCACUUAACAUUGUGGUAACAGAAAUUGACUCGUCAGGACGCCGUGGCGGCCAAUUACAAUAGAGAACAUGACUUGAACUUUACUAUGACAUUUCACCUUGCUGUUAAUAUUCAAGCACUUAAAAGCUUCGAAGGUCUGAAAGGUGAUCAUUUCUAUCUUGAACACACGUUAUGUAUUAUCUAUUAAUGUCUGUUCACUCACUAACACAACAGCUUCCCAAACAACUUCUAAUCUAGUUUAAUGUUAUCCCUUGUUUACAUUUAAUAAACAGUAAGAUAUCGUAAAACUGAUACAAACACAUUAGGGUUAGGGUUAAACCAAAAGAAAUUAUAUAAAAGGUUACCAGAGCAAUUGUUAAAAUGAACAUCUAUAGAGUAUGACUUGCCGUUUUAAAAACUCUUUGUUCAUCCUAUUCUGGCAUCAAUAAAAAACCCAAUUUCAGCGCCUUUCAGCCUCAUUCUGGCUGCUUUUCCAGUGAUAUACACUCACCGGCCACUUUAUUAGGUACACCUGUCCAACUGCUCGUUAACACUUAAUUUCUAAUCAGCCAAUCACAUGGCGGCAACUUAGUGCAUUUAGGCAUGUAGACAUGGUCAAGACAAUCUCCUGCAGUUCAAACCGAGCAUCAGUAUGGGGAAGAAAGGUGAUUUGAGUGACUUUGAACGUGGCAUGGUUGUUGGUGCCAGAAGGGCUGGUCUGAGUAUUUCAGAAACUGCUGAUCUACUGGGAUUUUCACGCACAACCAUCUCUAGGGUUUACAGAGAAUGGUCCGAAAAAGAAAAAAUAUCCAGUGAGCGGCAGUUCUGUGGGCGGAAAUGCCUUGUUGAUGCCAGAGGUCAGAGGAGAAUGGCCAGACUGGUUCGAGCUGAUAGAAAGGCAACAGUGACUCAAAUAACCACCCGUUACAACCAAGGUAGGCAGAAGAGCAUCUCUGAAUGCACAGUACGUCGAACUUUGAGGCAGAUGGGCUACAGCAGCAGAAGACCACGCCGGGUGCCACUCCUUUCAGCAAAGAACAGGAAACUGAGGCUACAAUUUGCAUAAGCUCAUCGAAAUUGGACAAUAGAAGAUUGGAAAAACGUUGCCUGGUCUGAUGAGUCUCGAUUUCUGCUGCGACAUUCGGAUGGUAGGGUCAGAAUUUGGCGUCAACAACAUGAAAGCAUGGAUCCAUCCUGCCUUGUAUCAACGGUUCAGGCUGGUGGUGGUGGUGUCAUGGUGUGGGGAAUAUUUUCUUGGCACUCUUUGGGCCCCUUGGUACCAAUUGAGCAUCGUUGCAACGCCACAGCCUACCUGAGUAUUGUUGCUGACCAUGUCCAUCCCUUUAUGACCACAAUGUACCCAACUUCUGAUGGCUACUUUCAGCAGGAUAAUGCGCCAUGUCAUAAAGCUGGAAUCAUCUCAGACUGGUUUCUUGAACAUGACAAUGAGUUCACUGUACUCAAAUGGCCUCCACAGUCACCAGAUCUCAAUCCAAUAGAGCAUCUUUGGGAUGUGGUGGAACGGGAGAUUCGCAUCAUGGAUGUGCAGCCGACAAAUCUGCGGCAACUGUGUGAUGCCAUCAUGUCAAUAUGGACCAAGCUCUCUGAGGAAUGCUUCCAGCACCUUGUUGAAUCUAUGCCACGAAGAAUUGAGGCAGUUCUGAAGGCAAAAGGGGGUCCAACCCGUUACUAGCAUGGUGUACCUAAUAAAGUGGCCGGUGAGUGUAUAGUCAGAUACAGGUUGUGGGCGCUACUUUCUACACAGCUUUAUUGAAAACAUCUGAGACAAGUGUCAGCACCCAUGCUAGCUUUUCUUUAAACAUCAGCUGUUGAGACUAAAAACCGGAUAUUAUAAUGUUACCAACAGUCGAUGAUGGAAGUUCUUGUAGAUGUAACAGCCCCAUGUGUCAGUCACAGUUGAGACACAAAUCCACGUUGUGAUGAUAUGUGUUUGGAGAGCAGUGAAGAAGUGAGCAGAAACAGUUGUAGUCCUGAAAUCAUCAUGACCACCCACUCUUUACUGGUGCCAUCGUCUGUGUGAAGAGAAAAGAGCAACUUUCACUGAGGUACUGAAUCAACAAUGUGCAGAGUAAAGGCAGUGGUGAAGUGGACCUUACAGCUUCAGGGUGGGCAUGUCCCUGAUAGAUGAUGAUGUGUCCUUCAACACUGUCCUAAUAAGAUGGCAGAGCCUGAUGUAAGGUUCAGGCCAAGUCUUGUAAAGUUAUCAAAACAAGCUGUUUAGAGAACUCUGGAAACAUCUGGAGCCGACGUACCCACUGUGCAAUGCGACGUCAAAAUGGCAUCUAUUUAACGUAUUUUUUCGACAAUGAGGUACAAAUAUGGACGUCAUUUCAACGUCUAACAGAGGUCCAAUAAACCUAAACCUUGGAUCAAUUUUGUACGUUGUGCCAACGUCUAGAUUUGGUCUUCAGAUGACAUCCAAAUUCUAAACGUCAGAACGACGUCUAAAAAACGUCUUGGAUGUCAAAAUUUCUAACCCUUUUUGCAUGUUGCACUGACGUCUAGAUGUGGUCUUUGACGGACCGACCCAAUACUGACUUUGACGUCCGAUGUUUGGUGGGUUGGACCAAAACCUGACCUUGGUCUUCUCUUAAGCUUCCUGUGAUUGUCGUCCUCAUUGUAAUAUCACCUAAAGUGAAGUCCUCGACUUAACUCCUCUGGUCAAGAUGUGUCAAAAUGGGUCAACGCUGAAAACCACGCGUCACUCUCUUUACACACUGUCUCCCCCUUUCUCCCCUUCUGGCAUGCCAUCUGAUCAAAGGCAGCCAGUUGGGGGGUCAGCAGUAUUUUUAUACUGUGAAGUGUGGCGCUGAAGUGGCCCCUGAGACCCAGAACAAGCCUGCCCUUUUGCCCGAAUAGACUCUCACCUUUUCCCCACCUUCCCUCUCUCCCUCUCUCUGUAUCAACCCUCCCUCUGUCUCUUUUUUUCUCUUAUUUUUCUUUCUUUCCACCUCUUCAUGUGUCCUCUGUUUUACCUUUGCUUUUUUAGUGUUUUAACUACAUAACUUGCUGUCUUUGUUCUUCAUCUCUGUCAUCAUUUCUGUUUUAUUUGUCUGUUUGAAGCAAUCUGUCGGUCCUCCUCUAUGUGCUAACCUCAAUUUGAACUUCGCUCUUUCCCUUCUCCAUCUGUUUUCCCCUUCACUUCUGUUUGAUUUGGUGCAGUGUAGACAGUAUAAAUCAGUUCAUUUCAAUCACACCUUCCCGCAUUUUGUUCAAUUUCCAGGUUCUUUUUAAUCCAGUUCGGUUUUCCUGCUUUCCCUAAGCUCACCUAUAAAUUUCAAUUUUAAGUAGUCCAGUUAAAUAUAAAUCAUCACAAAUACAUUUCCAGAGUAUAAACUGUUUAUGAUUUACUCUAAUUCUCCUCAGAUCAACACAACCUCUCUCUGUCAAACCUAUUAACUCAGUCCGGUCACAGGUCAGUUGUAGUCCGGUAGCUUUUUCUUCGACUCAUGAGAGGAUCAGGUCAAAAUCAGGACUUGAAGUCUUUGGGGUGUGUUUGUUUUGUCCCUCUGCCCAGCUUCCUGAUGGUCUGCAGAGAUCUAUAUUCCGCUGAGUAAUGGAGCCGUAGUGAAACCUCCUCAUUCGAUCGCGCUAACCUGUCACAUAACUCUCCCGCCUGUUUGUUUACCCAGAGCUGGAAUAAUAAUUGCAGUACCAAGAAAGAGGCGCAACCGCGGUAGUUUCGGGGUGAUUUAUCCCCGCUGUUGAUGGCUAUCUGCUCUGGCUGGAACACGAGGGCUGUAAAAUCAAGCGCUCCUGUGAAUGAUUUCCUCUCUUUCCUCCCUACUGGGUCAUUUUUUCUCCCUCUUUGAUGUGUCUCCUGCGCUCGCUGGCUGUUGUUAGACAGAGGUGUGUUUGUGAAUAGAUGUACGGCUGUGGGGUAGGCUGGGUCGGUCAUUCAACUAUGUGGAGGGAUGUAGAUGUUUAAACGGAUGUAUGGGGUUAAUCAGCAUUUUAGAAUAAUGAGUAAGUGUUCGUUUUGAUGCUAAGACCUUAUCUGAUAGUAUGACUGAGUGCAGUGAUGUUACACAGCUGUCCGGCAGUUCUCGAGGAUCUCAUGCAGGGUUUUAAGCAAAAAAAGAAAAGCAUCUUUUUAAUGGCAGCAGAGGCAUGUAAACCUGGAGCCAAGGGUGCUGCGUCAGUGGAAAAUAGGAAAUGUGAUGUGUGUAUGUUUGUUUUGGCGAGCGCUUUUGUUCAUGUGAGUAAGAGGAAGUAAUUCAAACAUUUUUCUUAAAUAGGACUAUUAGCUUCAUUACAGCAAAUGAGGCUGAGUAUACCAAAAAGCACGCUGCCGUGUGCUGUUAAAGCGCAACAUGGGGCUGCCUGUGGUCAUGACUUCAGCCUGACGCUCCUUUACUUACAUCAGAUCCUGUAAAAAUGAAGUCUCCAGUCCUCAUUUCGACUUAAAGGGGAAAAAACAUUUACAAGGAAGAAUAGAAGUAAGAAUGAAUAAAUCUUGCCUGAACUGCACACACCUUCCUGAAAGAUAAACGAAAGGUGGUCGUCAGAGGUUUUAGCAAGGACAAACCAUGAAGAAAAAUGAAGUUCAAUUCUUGAAAACUUUAAGUGUGAAUCUCUGAAAUCAGACAGACAGAAACUUCAGACUCUCAUGAGUCUUGCAGCUUUUCUCUACUGCCCCUCUGUGUCUCAGCGUCUUCACAUUUUGCGUUUUUUAUUGCUCUUACUACCUCAUAAAAGUGUCAUAUUUGACUCUUAUGAAUCCCUCAAUCUGUCCUCUUUCUAGUGGUCUGAAGAACAAAACACUGCUCGUAAAUAUAAAACUUCUGUAUAAACUGUCCGUCUUUUGUCUGCUCUGUCUUUCACUGUCCUUCUUUCACCUCUGCCGCUGACUGGAAGGGGACGCGUUAUUUUUCAUCACAUUUUCGACUUUCAGAUCAGCUGGCAGUAAAUAAAACUUGUUUCCUUGAGUAGAUCUACUAUUGAAGUUAGUCUAACGUCUCCUUUCCUCUCUCUUUGUUUUCCAACAGUGCGUCCACGUUUCACCCAGCCGUCAAAGAUGAGGAAGCGUGUCAUCGCUCGCCCGGUGGGCAGCUCGGUCCGCCUCAAGUGCACAGCAUCGGGCAACCCUCGCCCCGACAUCGUCUGGCUGAAGGACAGCCGGCCGCUGGUGGACGAGGAGGGCGGAGCAGCGGGAAGAGGAGACGGGGAAGGGAAGAAGAAGAGGUGGACUCUGAGUCUGAGGAACCUGACGCCAGAGCACAGCGGGAAGUACACCUGCCAUGUUUCCAACCGAGCCGGAGAGAUCAACGCUACCUACAAAGUGGAAGUCAUACGUAAGUCUGAGCGUACACACAAUGGAAAGUCAUAACUGAGGUUUUUAGAGCUUGUGCUGAUCACAGACAUACUGGUGUCAGCAGGAAGGUUAUCAAAUUUACGCUGACAAAGAAGCAGUGAAGGGGACUGCAGGAACAGAACAAUCUCAGACGAGUCAUUUUCACUCUAAUGAUACCGUAAGAAUAAAGCAUGUAUUGUACUUUUGUGGUUUCUCCUUAUUUUCUUUAAAUAAAGUCGGAUAUGAAGAGGAAUUUCCUGUUAUAGUCCAGUGAACCCAGAAAAAUGAGUCUCCUAAUGAGCAGGACACUUAACAAUAUGGACUGAGAAUAAACAGCAGACAUACUGAGAGAGUUACAGACAUUAUUGUGGUUAUUCUUCCUGUCUGUCUAAUAAUACUACGAUUAUGCAGUAUGUUUAAGAUCAUAUGAUGAAGAACACCACAAUUAUCCUCUCAAAUGGAAGUGAUUAGCCUUCGACUCGACGAGGAAACGCAGCUUAUUUAGUUUGGAAAAGACUCCGGGACAGAUCCAGGACUGUCUUAUUCUGGUCUCUUAUCAGCAGUACAAUAAGCGCUUCACUUUGUGUUCGAUAUUUUCAUUCAAGUCUUUUUAGUGGUUGCGUUGUGUGUCAUUAAAAAAAGCCACAGUGGCCACAUGUAGCAGCGAGGCUGCUAAUGAGCUGCAUUAAAGUUUAAAAUAACUUUUAAAAGCCUUCGUUCACUUCAGUGGCAUUUAUUGAUCAGAGCCAGACCGGGCCGUAAAUAUUAGUCAGACAGAUUUUUGAAGUCCAGGAGUGGAGGCAGCUGCAGUCGAAGUCGAGAGAAGGAGCAGUUUUACUGUUAAGAGCAGGUCGUGAUGAGUUGUGAGUGUUUAGUGAUGUGUUGGGUUUCUUUAUGGGUGUGCGAUGAUUCACUGUGAAAGUGUUUGGUGAAUUUCAGUGUGUGUGUGUGUAUGUGCAUUGAGCUGCAUGUUUCUGAAUGUGAUAUCUCUAUAGAGGACCAGCUCCUCUCACUUUACACUCCACAUCUGUUCUGUGUUAAAGUACAGCUGUAGUUCUUCCUGAAGGAGACACACACACACACACACACACACACACACACACACAGAAAGUAAAUCAAACCACUUCUAGCUUAUGUCAAAUGUGACAUUUUCUCUUUCAGCAGCGAUCCACUGAGCUGUCAGUCAUUCACAGCUGUUCAAAAGAAACCAGAAAAAGAGAGUCUAAGACAGAAAACCAGUGAAGUUCUCGAAAAGAGGAUGAAUUAACAACACAAUAAGUGUUCCUGUGAUUAUUUCGAAGGCUGGCACAGGUUUGUCACUGCUCGAUCAGGACUCACUAUUACCAAAAGGCAGAUUAAAGGCUUUGACAGAGGCUACAAUCCUCAAGUGGAGGGCUGGUUUGAUUCAAACCUGCCGCCCCUUUCCCACAUGUGGCUCUCCACUCUUUUUUUACUCUGUCCACUGUCCUCUCCUCUUUAAAUAAAAUCAAAAAGGGACUAACAUACCUGCCAACACUCCCGUUUUUCCCAGGACUCUCCCGUAUUUCAGACCUAUCUCCCGCCCACCUCCCAUAUUGUCAUUUCUCCCGUAGUUUGAUGGUCCACGUUCACUCAUGAAUCGGAUCACAAUAUUUGUCCAAAGUUUCCAGACAACUGAUGAUAGUCCUGUGUUUCUGCUGAGCCUCACAAACACUAGACUGAUUCUUUUACUUUACAAUUCGGGCUGAUUCAGGUCAGUUUAAGCUGUAAACUAUAUUUAAACAGUGUUUGUUGCGAAAUGAACACUUAAGUUCAAAAGGAAACAAACACGAGAUAUAAUAUUUAUGUUGAUAGUCUUUCACCGUCUCAGAGUGAUGUGUUUAGGGCAGCCUCAGAUAAGAGUGCUGUAUUGCACACACAGAUGUUCAGAGAGCCUCAUACAGGAGAGCAUAAAACAUAUCAGGACUUUAACACUAAUAUUAGUGGACUAAAUAAUUCAAGGCAGAUCGUACCUAUUAUUUUUUUAUUACCAUUUGUUAUUGUUAAAGAAAACAAGAAAGUGUGCAGCUUCACUUAUACUUAUUUGGAUGAGCAAUUUAAUUACAAAUACUCUCAUAAUGAGCUCAUAUUAACCAUACAACGUAACCCCAAAACCACCCAGAGCACACCGCAAAAAUCUCCCAGAAUGUCGGCAGGUGUGCAUUAACAUACAGACUACCAUCUUACCUACAGACAGACUGAUCUGUCUCAGCUGUUCAUAGCAGAUGAUUAAGGCACACUGAGCUCUUCUAUCUACUUCUACAAAUUUAUUUCAAAUAACCAAAUGUGGAUCUUACUUUCCUCUGUCAACCUCCAUAAGAAUCAGUAAAAGUUUCCAAACAUAAGUCCUCUCUGACCCCACAAAUUUAUCCUGUAACUCAGCCAAAACGGAAGAUGCCUCUUUAAACCUGCUAAAGCAAAGUUUCUGUAAUUAUCUUAUCCUAAGAUUGCAAAACAACACCGAUGAAGAGACCAUUGAAAGGCUGGUGCAGGUGUGUUUACUCUGCUGUAAAAACUGCAAAAGAAAAGGCAGGAACUGAAGAUAAGGGAUCUGUUUGUGUGUCUUUAACAGAGAGGAAGGAUGUGGUGCUUGAAUACAACAAGAGCUGUGCAAAUAAUGCUUCUAAAAACAUGUUCAAACCCCCAGGUGUUGGAUUUUUUUAAAAAGGUCACUCAGCUCUAGUACCUGAAUAAACAAUUUCAUUUACUGUCUCCCUGAUUUUAACAGUAAACAUCACUCUAACGCAUUUUAAAUCCAAAAAUUGAAUCUAAUUUCAAUUUUUUUUGUGUGUUUUCCUUCAGAGCGAACCAACUCCAAACCCAUUCUGACCGGCACUCAUCCCGUCAACACCACCGUGGACUACGGAGGAACCACGUCCUUCCAGUGUAAAGUCCGCAGCGACGUCAAACCGGUCAUUCAGUGGCUGAAGAGAGUCGAACCCGGUGACGAGAACAAAUUUAACUCAACUAUCGAGGUAAAAACAAACAAAGUCUUUAUGUAAACACACACACACCUGAAGCUGUUAUUGAUAAAUCAUACUGUGAAUGUGUUCUUUGAAGGUUGGGGACCACCGUUUUGUCGUCCUGCCGACCGGAGAAGUCUGGUCUCGUCCUGAUGGAUCGUACCUCAACAAGCUGCUGAUAACCAGAGCCAAAGAGGAGGAUGCUGGCAUGUACAUCUGCCUGGGAGCGAACACUAUGGGCUACAGCUUCAGGAGCGCCUACCUGACUGUGCUACCAGGUCAGAGGAAGAACGACAGACAGACUGAGAAAAGUAAUCUUAGUGAUCUUUUCUGAUUAUCCCUCUAGAGACAGUCCCUCUAGAUACUUAGGACCUGAUCUACUAAAGGAUUGCGUGUGCAAAAACACGUUCAAACUUGAUUGCGCACACUAACCUAAUCUAAUAAUUGGAUGCACCGAGGAUUGCGUCUGUCAAAUGAGCAAAACCGCGUGUGCAAUCGAUUUAUCGUGUUUGCUUCGUGAAUAAAUUCUGGGAGGAGCAGAUGCAAAUGAAAUCAUUUAGCACCCGCAAUCUGAUUUAUCAAACCCGGAAACAGGUUGCGGUCGCUGUUUUGCUUCUAUAUUUAGCACGUUUGAAAAGCAUUGGUCAUUGUGGAGAGAAGGAUGCAGAAAUGCCAUGAUACACGCCAUGAUCCUUGUCCGAAAAGCUUGUGAUUUAUUUCCUUUUUCUGGUAAAUGACGAUUUUUAUAGAUAAUAAGGUCAAACACAAAACAGACGAAAAAAAUGAUCUGUUUGUCUUAUUGAUUUUGAAUUGUUUUUAUCCUUUUUUUGAUUUCUAGUUUGUCUCCUUGUGUCUAUAAAGCACUUUGAAUUGCCUUGUGUAUGAAUAUUGCUGUACAAAUUAACUUGCCUUUUAUGCAGUUCCCCAAAACGAUAAGUACAACUCCACGGUUUCAAACACUCUGCUCUCAUAAACUCUCCAUGGUGACAGCCGAUAGCGCACGCAAAAUCCUCGGUCCGCACCUCUUUUGCUCCCGCUAUCAAUUGUGCACGCAAUGAUAGUAGAUCACCCGCAACACGCCCGCUAAUAGCACGUGCAAUUUUCCAGUUUGCACACGAAAUUUAGCACUCGUUAUUUUGUAUCUUAGUAUAUCAGGCCCUUACUGUUUUAUUUUGCUGCAGCACCAGAGAGUGUUUCAUCUUUAUAAUUAUAUUUUUUUCUGUUAAUUGCAGAUCUGAAGCCCUUAAGCAACUCCAUCCCCACGGCAACAUCCCCGAGCCUCCCCUGGCCCGUCAUCAUAGGAAUACCAGCAGGUGUCGCCUUCAUCUUAGGCACCGCCCUCCUCUGGUUCUGCCAAUCAAAACGCACCUGCUCCUCCUCCUCCUCCGCUUCUGCUUCUCCAUCAUCCUCCUCCGCGCUCCCUGCUGCUCAGCGUCUACCUGCAGCCAAUCGGGAGCGGACCUGCGCCGCGGCGCCUCAACAACCGGCCAGCGGGGAUAAAGAUUGCCUUUCAUACGAGGACUACAUCGCCCAUCAGCAGCUGCUUCUCGCUCAGGGGGGCGCCGGAUUGGCCCCCAAAGUCUACCCAAAGAUCUACACGGAUAUUCACACGCACACACACUCCCACGUGGACGGGAAAGUGCACCAGCACCAGCACAUUCACUACCAGUGUUAGCAGUGAGAGGGAAGCAGCUCCGCAUCGACUCUUAACACGCACAGAGACUUUUUCACAUCAGUGCAAACAAACUGCGACAUCCAGAGCAAAAGAAAAAGGAAAGCUACAUGUGCACACACUCAAACACAGCUCCUCCUCCUCCACCUGCUGCAGCCUCGUCAUGUUGUAAACGCAGACUUUCACAGAAAUGAAGAAUGUAAAGAAGGAAAUGCAUCCUUAUCUUAGCCUUAUCUGGAGGCAAAUCCAGAGACACCUAUGAAAAAAGAUCUCAAAAUAUACUCGAUCUCAAGCCUUUUUUAUAUAGAUAUAUAUAUAUUAUUUGGCCAUAUUUUAAGAUACAACCUCACAGCAGCUUUGCCCAACGAUUUCUCAGCUUCUUCUCUUUCAGUAUGUUAGAUACACAACCACAACCUCCUCAGUAACUGUAGAAACACAACUGUAGAUCCUCCUGUUCAUAAAUUAGUCAUACAGUAACACAGUAUUAAGCAAGCUGCUUCAUCCUGGAUCAUCUAUAAAGAAUCAUAUAGCAUGUGUGUAAUUGUAUAGCUUAAUUUCAGAGUGUAUCUCAGGCGUGAGCCAAACUGAGCCAUAAAGAGACACAUCAAACUCCCACUGAAGGAUGUGGGGAUAAAGGCUACAAGUUUUUGCUUCAGCUGGGCCGCCAGCCAUCCUGAUAAAUGUCCAGCUGCUAACUGGGUGCUGCGGAAAUAAGAGCUGAUGUCAAACUGAUCGCAGACAGCGUGCAGCGAGGUUUCGGCAGCAGCUGGAGUGUGAUAUCUGCUUCAUCCGAGAUUUUUUACAGACUGUUCUGCUGCUCUGUUUUGUGAAGAAAGCUGGCAUUUCCUGCUUUUUUUUUUUUUUUGCGGCUUCUUUUUAAGCCCCCAGACUGAAGAAGAGAGCGAGGGAUGCAGCUUUUCAGUUCUUCUUUUACAACAUGUUGAGUGUUUUUAGCCGACAGCGCAAAGGGAUGAUCAGCCACGCCCUCAGUGUACACUGGUGCCUUCCAGGAAUUGUUUCCAGACUUGGUGGAUCACUCAUGGAUCAUUGGAUAUGUCACAGACUCUUGUUCAGCUGUUUUGAGAUUUAGUGGGCUUUAACUCUAUCUUAAGGAUGAGACCUAAAGUCCUCAACUCUUCCUCUUAAAGCGCCUCACAAUAUGACCUCAAAUAUACUGAAACAAGGUUUGCCUGUGUGCUGUUUUUGGGCUCACACUUUGUUGUAAAGCAGGAGGAGUCAUCUGUGGAUUGUGUUUUAGAUAAAGGACUUUCUCCUCACCUGUGGACCCCUCUGUUACCCUUUUAUAAGAAAGUUUUGAAAUGUUUAAAACAUAAAUGAUGGACUGCAGCUCUAAUGGAAUAAAUAUCAGUAUUUUAUCACUCAGAUUUAGAGCUGUAUGUGCUGAGGAUCAUUAUUAUUAUAACAGUAAUUAUUAUUGUAACAGUACCGACUGAGGAGGUACAUUUGCUGCUCCCACUGCUGCAGAUAUUUUCAUACAGUCACAAAAGUUUCAAUCUACCACUAAAUAUACUGGCUGCCUUAAGUGAUGUUUAAGAUAAUAACCUCCCUCCUUCAAAACUCGUGCAUUUUCAUUUGGGUGUGAGAUUUUUUCUGAUGGGAUGAUAAUUGUGUGUCAUGUUAAUGCCACACACCUGCGAUAUACCUCGAAAAAACAACAAAUGAUGCUCCCUGGGAAAGCCUUCAAAUUAAUGCUCAUCCUCAGCAGCAAAUGAUGUUCGGAUCUGUUUCUUUCUUGACUUUAUUUCCAUGUUGGAUGGCAGAGAAGGGGACUCCAGACUUGGACUUACGCCGCUCACUGACUUAACUCGGCGAAAACUGACUUGCGCCCAUUUCUGCUGGAUAGUUUCAAACAAAACUUUUUGUUUCGAAAACAAAAUAAAAGUGUCCGAUCAGCUUCGUUUUCCCACUAUUUUCAAACUUUAUCCUGUUUAGAUUUUCUUGUCAAAGCUAAUGCCAGUCAACCAACUUUAAGUGCACCUCUGUGAAAUUUAGAGCAUCACUACUUUUUGUCAUCUUAAAUUUGAGCUAUAGAGGGCAGAAAGCGGGACAUUUCUUUUUUGUUUACUAGCGGAGUCAACGGAGAAAGAAAAUGACAAGGAGCUGUUGUGCUGUAAAUCGUUGGUAACAUUUUGACUUUGACUUUGUUAGCAUUCACUAACAUUAUGACCCUGCUCCCGAUAUAAGAAACAUCCAAAACAACGUCACAACCUGGUAAGAUGAGUGAAAUUCAUGGUCAUUUCAACAAGUGUUUGUUUUUUUGUUUGUAAUGCAAUGAAAAACAAAGCGAUUUUUCAAUGAAAUGACAUUUUAUUGCAGUUGUGUCAGGAUGAACUUGCAAACAACACGGCAUCUUCACUGAAAUCGGUUCACUCCAAAGCAGGCUUUUGCCCCAUGGUUGCGUGCAAACCAAGAAACCCGUGUAUGCCCAACACACACAGGUACGACCGAUACACCAGUACAAAUGAGAGGUAUUUUAUUGGGGUACGGUAUUUUAUCCUAAAAAAAUUGGUGCUUGAAGCAGCGAGUGACUAUUUUGUAGGAUCAGUAGAGGCUUCACUUUCCAACAGCUCUCCAUCAGCUCAUUAUCAAACAUAAAAAGAGGACAGAGCCCCACAGCAGAGUCUUCACAGUCAAACCUUUUACCCCUGAAUCACUUCCUAAAACAGACUUUGUCUUUUCACACCAGUGCCACUUACAAUCUGGAUUUUACUGCGCAUGCGAUGACAUUAGUGUUGAAAUCGUAACUUUUAGACAAUUUAGCGAGAAUGCUUUUGGACCAUACAGUAUCUCUAGCAAACACAAUGGCCCACAGAACACUAAAUUGUCUCCAGAUUAUUUUUUUUUAAGUGUGUUUCUUAUUUAUUUUCCUCUCGACAUGUUUGUUUUCUUUCAUUUAAUUGGGCAUUAUACUGCAUGAGUGGAUUGCAUUAUAGUAGUAAAGUAAGCUAUGUAGCAAAUACCAUCUUCAUGUCAUUGUAAGAUACUGUAUUUAUAUGUGCCAACAAAAUAUACAAAAUUUUAUCGAUAAUCUUUGUAUCGACAAUCUUGUACAGUCUAUUUUCAUUUAGGCUUCGAUGUUGUUUUCCCAUUGUAAUCAUUUUAUUGGUGCCAUUAAAAAAGUUUAAUCUAUUA